AAAACUACAGGAACUCUCAGGUGAGCAGUAGAGCACCAGUCUGCUCUCCUCCCCUCUCCUCUUCUUUCUCGUCCACUGUUUUUAAAGCUCACGACUCAACUAUACCGACCAGAAUAACCCACCCAGACCCGGAUUCCUGAGAGGAGAAAUUCUCCUGACUUGACCCGAAAAUCUGCGGAUUGAAAAAGACAUGCGUCAAGCGGAGGCACCGAGAGGGACCCUCUCUAAAUGAGCAGAAGUGUCAGAAGGAUUUCUUCCUCUUUUCGCUCUCCUUGUUUCCUCUGGCAGGCGUGCAGGACUGAAGCGUGCUUCCCCGGACUUAUCGACCGCGGUUUCAGGCUGAUGAAACACUUUGUCAACCUCAUUCCUUUUUUUCGCAUUACAACCAAGUGAGAAACCUGCGAAAGAUCAGUGUAGUGCCGCGCUGACGGACCUUUAUUUUGACAUCUUUGUGAUGCACGCGUUUGAGUCUCUCUGUUUUGGCACGCCUGCUUGUGAGAAAUGCUUCGCUUCUGCACACAAUUCAUGCGUGUCUGACUUUGUAGGAGCGCGGCGGAUGCUGAAAAUAUCUUUCAAUCAGUCUGCAUGAGGGAUGGAGACCGAACUACUCCAAGUUCACACGCGCUUUUAUCCACGUUUGCACCCGCUUGGAUGGAUAUUGACAGUUUGUGCCACAGGUGAAUGAAUAUCAGCGAGUACUGACCAAUCAGCGAGUGUUUUCUUACUCCGAUCAAGUUAGCGCAUCAUGGAUCUCAAAGAGCCUGAAGAGAUGGACAGGAAUCAGCCUCCACCCAUUGAAGUUUUCGCGCACAGCUCGACCCUGCACGGAAUCUCUCACAUUUUUACGUACGAGCGCUUCUGCGUAAAGCGCUGCCUGUGGGUCGUGUUUUUCUUGGGCUCCCUGACCUUUCUGCUCUUCGUGUGCGUGGACCGGAUCCACUUCUACCUCGAGUACCCGCACGUCACGAAACUGGAUGAGGUCACGACCCCGAUCAUGACGUUUCCCGCGGUCACUUUUUGCAACCUGAACGCUUUCCGCUUCAGCCGCUUGACGCGCAACGACCUGUACCACGCAGGGGAGCUGCUGGCUCUGCUUAACCAGAGGUAACCAAUCUUAUCACACUUCAGAAAGUCCCACUGUUCUAACUCCCACAUAUCGGCUACUCCUUUUUGGUAGUACAGCUCUCUACUUCUCCCUCAUAACUUCUACAUAAAGAAGAUUUACACUUAAAACAUCAGGAGUGGACUUUUACUAAACACUGAAUAACUGUUACUACUUUUAGUACAAACUUUAAUUACACAUACUUUGCUCUUUUUCUCUUGUUGUGACAUUUGUUUCUGCCACAGCUGUCAUGAGAUGGAAAUAUUGUACUUUCGCUCUGUAAAGUCAAUUUUCUUGCCUUUUCACACAUUUGGACCUGAAAUUUUAGUUUAGGCAGACAAUUUCUAAACACACGGCUGUUCAAAUUCACUUUACCUCAACUAUCUUUCAAGUACUUUUAUAAUUUAUGUCAAUAAAAUUAAAAUAGUUCAAAGUCAAAGGUUCUGUACAGGACGUUUACUACAUUACAACAUUAAUGACAUUAGUACUACUACUUUUCUUUUGUCCUGUAUUUCUAACAAAGCGUUGGCAAUCUAUCUCAAUACUUACUAUUUUUUUGGCACACUAACACUCACUUGCAGGUAUACAUCUAGUAGUAAGAAGUAUUUUGGUAACCUUUUCUUUUACGGUACACUUUUUACCAGGUAAUUACCAGGUAAUUACCUAGUAAUAACAUGAAAUUAUCUGGUAAUUACAUGAUAACUACUAAGUCAAUACUGUCUAGCUACCAGGUAGGUAACCUUCCAUCAUCAUACAAAUUUGUAGCCGAAUUGCUCUGGUAUCUCCAGGAUUUUCUCCGCUUCCUGGGACCACCACUUGUGCAGUAGCAUUGUACGCAGUCAGCGGGUGAGUCGCUAUGAUAAUGCUCGGCUUAAACAGCGUAUCGCUACGCAAUCUUCGCACACCCAUAGGCUGUAUCAAGUGCUAUCACAGAAAAUAAGAAACCCAAAUAGCUUUUGAAAAUGGAGCUGCACAGAAAAAAGAAAAGAAAAAAAACUAGACAGUAUUGACUUAGUGGUUAUCAUGUAAUUACCAGAUAAUUUCAUGUUGUUACUAGGUAAUUACCUGGUAAUAAGUGUACCGUAAAAGAAAGGGUUACCAGUAUUUCUAUUCAGCCAUUGGACAUUAUAAAAUAAUUUCACUGUGCAGAUGUUUUUAGCAAAGCCCAAAGUUCAGUUUGUAUAAAGAGGUGGCUGAAAAAGGCAUAUGCAGAAGCAGAAUGCUUAUUGAGUCUGUCCUGUUUAUUUCUUUAAAUCAAAUUAAAGUAUCAGCUUCAGAGAGUAUAGAGAGUAAAAAUUGUAAGAAAUCACCAAUGAGCUUCAAAAAAAGCUUUUGCAACCUGACAGUGAAUUGCAGGUUUUAAGUAAGAUUUUAACAUUUGCAAAAAUAACAGUCAUUCAUUCAAUCAUCCACUCAUUUUCUACCGCUUAUUCCCAUUGGGGGUUGUGGGGGGGCUGGAGCCUAUCCCAGCCUCUCCGGGCGAAGGCAGCGGACACCCUGGACAAGUCACCAGCUCAUCGCAGGGCUGACAUAUAGAGACGAACAACCACCCACGCUCACAUUCACACCUACGGGCAAUUUGAACGUGGCCAAUUGACCUAACCCCUGCAAAAAGAACAACUUAAAUAACAUAUACAAACUGUAACACUGCAAAUAUCAUUAGAAAGUAUAAACAGUUAAGGACCAAUCACAGAUCCUUGAGGUACUCCACAGUUAACCUUCCUAAACACUGUCACGGUGUCAUUAAUUCAUUAACACUGUGGUCUAUUUUAUAAAAAGAUUUCCAGCCAAAAUAGGCAAAACUAUGUAUCAUGUAUUUCUAUAUUUCUCAAUAAUCUCAUGUGAUUAUCUUUCUGUAGGUCAAUAUACAAACCAAUGGAUUACUUGUUAAGUUUUUCCUCUCAAGAAACAAGACAUAACCAGCAAAAAUGUGAAAUGAACAGUAAAUAUGCCCCAUGCUGCAGUACAAUCCCAGAGAUAUUCAACCAAACAUAGAAAAAGCAGCUGCAGCAGCAGCAACUCACAAAGGAACAUAAAACACGCGACACGCAUACACAGACAGACAGAGGAAUAAACCAUUAGCCUGGGGAAGUUUUGAGUUUGUCUGGUGCAUGGACAUGCUUUUGAUGGGUCUAAGCUCAGCAGACAGCUUGUUCCAGAGAGCAGGACCAGAGUGACUGAGAGCACCCUCUCUGGACUCUGAUCUAAUUCUGGGUACAGUUAGAAGCUGCCUCCUGAUGACCUGAGAGGCAUUCAUCCAGCACUGACAAUUGUGUCUCACUCAUCCAAGGAGCUCUAAUAGUUUCUACCUUGUUGAGUCAUGCAGUGGCUCAGAGAGCGGGCUGGAAUUAACUGAGGCAUUAAAAUCAGAGAACGCCAGCCGUCUCGACGGUGCAGCUGAGAGCUCUGGAUGCUGGAGCUGGAGCUGGCUUCAACAUGCACUGUAUGCUCAGGAGGAAAAGCCGUGGAGAGAGGCUGCUUCCUUUGAUUCCAAGUGUAAUUGCAGAUGUUGUGGGUAUUUUUGUCAUUCACACAUUUAGCCUCAUGUCUCUGAAACUUUGAUUCAGCUGCAAAACACUCCAUUACUGCGCUCUAGAAACCACUCUAUGUCUGGGCUGUCAGAGAUUUUGGUUCUCUGAAUAGCUGGAGAUGACGGACAGUGAUGAAGGAAUAGCACAUUUUGUGUGAUUAAUAUCACUCAGAGACUUGUCCGAGAAGUAGAGGAGAGGAGAGAGAGAGAGAGUGUGACUGAUAGUAGCCUUGAAAGCUGUUUGAUAAACAUGUUGCUCUCCCUGUGGUGUUGUUAUAUCCUUUCAAAUGUCAACAGAAGCAGCGAUAAUGAAACAAGCAAGCAAGACAAAAUCAUUCACAGCAUUUAGCAGCGCCCAGAAUUUGAGGAGAAGAGAGAGCUGGCCAGUGUCUUUAAUCCCACUGAUCAAAAAACUCACAGCUCAAAUGAUGUGAACCUCUGACUGUCAGUUACAGAGAUCAAGAACCGAGCAGCCGAAACCCUCUGGAGGCUUUUCUUUUAUGUGGCCGUACAGCCAUUUCUAUAUUAAUCUUUGAUGAGGAUCCUAGACUGAUAACCAGAGUGAACGUUUUUCUGUGACAUUAGUGUGACUGUUAAUCACCACAUGCCAUCUGGAUCUUGAUUUUUACAUAAAUACUUCCCCUAAUCUCACACUUCCAGGCAGCGGCUCACAAAAAAGACACCUCUAAGUUGGUGCUCGAAGCAUAAUGAGGGCUGAAUCUCCAUCUAAGUUUCCUUCUCCACGUACUCAUCUUGGCUCUCACACUCUCUGAAGUAGGUUGUAGUGUAGUGCUCAUUAUCCUGCCUCCCUUGGCAAGGUAGAGAGGGGAUGCAAUGGCACACUUAGCUGUUAUACCCCCGGCCUGAAACCAAAGUGCUCAGGGCAUGAAAUCCAUUUAAGACGCCUCUCCACCCAUUCCUCAUGUUUGGACUCACUGGUCUGGGAAAUGCCUUGCGGCAUGAUAUUUUAGCCGUACACAUGCUCGAGUGUCAGCCCUCGCUGAUCCUGUCAUCUCUGUCUUAUGGGAUUUUAUCUGGUAAAGUGCCUUCCUGGCAGGUUUGUCCACUACACAAACAGCAGGGAGCGAGUGCCUCUCCUCCAUUGAGUUUUUUUUUUUCAGUCAAACAGAAACACUUGGCCGUAAUCAGACAGAAUAGUAAUGCCACAAAGAAACAUAUGAGCAAAUUUUAAUCCUAAAUGAGGCUAGUUAUCGAUUUGAUGUUUGGAAGAUUUCAACUAGAUUGUUAUGAGCCCUUUAAAAAAUGUAAAACAAAACGAUUACUGCCCCCACUUCUGAGUUUUACAAGACAUUUUAUAGCGUCUAUAAAGCUGUGAUUACUCACCACAUACUUCCAGUUCUUGUUUAAACACAACCAAUCUCAUUCUUAUUCAUAUAAUUCAUAAAACACAUCAAUUUUACGUCUCACAAAAGAUCAAUAAAAGACCAUACUCUUAAAAGAAUGGCCACAUUCAUGUGAAAAUUUUCUAAAAGACAUUUAAUUUAAGGCAGAGCACGGAGGGAAAAAAAACUCAAAAUCCAAUCUGCUCUUUGGUGAGUCCAUUAAAAUGGUGACAUUUUUAAUAAUAGCGCAGUGGGAGAUCACAGCGAGGGGAGUGAGUGGGUGCAUUUACAGCUAUUCUGCUCUCUUUUAACACAAGGCAGCGUGGUCAGAUUUUUGUGUGCUCUAUUAUAUGAACGGAAAUUUCCUAGUGCCCUGGAUAAUGCUGGGUGUGAUUUGGGUUGUCUGGCUCCCAGCAUGAAUACUUGAGUGCUUUUAUUCUUAAAUGAGACGCAGACGCACAAACACACACACAGUGUGACUGCAGGUAAAAAUGCAACAGCUGUCAAUUAUGUGCUGGUUUGAGGUUUAGCUGUUAGAGAGUCAAGCGAAUUGAAGAAAACUGCCGAGACAUUAACUUUGAGUCAUCUUUUUCCCAUUACAUCAAACAAUUCAAGGGCAUUAUUUCUCUUCUACAUAAUUGACUAAUUUACCAUACAACCUGUACAGUAAGAUCAUAACAUACCCUAUAAAAGAGCCGUCUCUCUGCAUAUAAAUGGACAGGAAUGCAGACACAAAUCACAGCAUCAACUUCACACUAACUCCAGUGAUAAAAAAAAAAAGCAGACAUUUUCAGUGUCUGUCCCAAAUUUGAAGAUGCUAGUCCAUCAAAAUCUCUAGGUUUUAUCAUCAGGGGGUCAUGUAUAUCUAUGUCAAAUCUGUGAAACAUUGAUGAGAUAUUCCAGUCUGUUCACGCUUCUCUUUUGCUUCAGUUAGCUUCACACCUGAUUCAAAUGAUCAGCUCGUUAUCAAGCUCUGAAAUGCCUUAAUAACGAGCUGAUCAUUUGAAUCAGGUGUGUUGGAGCAGGGAUACAUCCAAAACAUGCAGGACGGGGGGGCUCGAGGACUGGACUUGAGAACCAAUGAGUUAGGGUGACCAUAUUCUGAAUCCCAAAAAGAGUGACACGCAAAAUUUUGAGGGUUUCUUCGGGUCGGGUCAAGUGUUUUUUCCAACUCAGUUAGUCCACGGUACACAAACUCCAAACUUCGAUACAAAACCCCAGACAUUUGAAGGGUUGAAGUGAACAUGUCCAGGUAAAAGAGGACGUAUGGUCGUCCUACUUCAAUGCACUUAAGAUAAAGAAAUGUGGAUUUCUGAUAUUGGAGAGUAUCAGAAAUAAAAACCUCCUCAAAUAGAACUCUCUCUUUUUUUUUCUCCAGACAUCAAGUAUUUAAGUCUGACUCUUAAGGGAGCGCAUCAGUCAGUUUCUGUUUACUCAUGAUAAAAAACAACCCUGUCAUCCUGAACACAAACACAUUUUUCUCCAAGUUUGAAUCCAGAUAAGUGAGGCUCUAGCUGAGUUCGGUAUUGCCUGAAGCUGCUGCAUCCCCAGUGACUGGAAGACCGGUUUUAUGGCUCACUAUUGUGCCAUCUUGCCUGAACUUUAUUAUGUACUGUACUAUAAUCGGAUACACUCCGGCAGUGCGAUCAGUUCAUGACCAGAAAAUGUCAAAGAAAAGCCAUCGUGCUCAUUUUACUGUCUUUUUCCUGUCUUCAUUGAUUUAUUCAGGACUGUUAGUUUUAGCUUUGGCUGAGUGGAGCGAAAGUUUUCUGGCGCAGACUCAUAAACUUUCAGAAGAUGGUGAAAACUUUUCUAUGGAGUCUGCUCUUCAUUAAAGGGUGAUGCUUCAUUUUCCAUGAAAGCAGAGUUUGCUUUUGUAAAUGUGUGAGAUUUAUCUUUUUUUUUUUUUUUUUUCAGGUAUGAGAUCAGAGACAUGCAUCUUGUAGAGGAGAGCGUUCUGGAGAGUCUAAAGGUCAAAGCCGACUUUCACAAUUUCAAGCCGCGACCCUUCAACAUGCGGGAAUUCUACGACCGCACCGGUCACGACAUCAGAGAUAUGCUGCUGUCCUGCCACUUCCACGGCACUGAGUGCAGACCGGAGGACUUCAAAGUGGUAAGUCUGACGCCAAUUAGUAGACACAUCUGAUAAUGAUAUCCUGUACUGGCUUUCUCUCUCUUUGAAGACAAAAACAAUCAAAAGAUUAAUUAUCGUCGAGGUAUCCAAAAUCUGACGUAGAUUCUUGUCAGGGUCAAAUUUAUAUCCAGGUUUUUUCUCACUUUCUGUGCAAAGAUGUAGAGGAACUAUGGCAUUACACUGAAUGUUUUCAUGGAUAAAAACUGUCUCUCUUUGGGGCGUUGCUGCUGCCUUUGUGUCGCAACUGAUGGACCUUUUAGAGCCAGAAUGAUAAGAACAGAAGUAUUCAGCUGUCAUCGUAAUAACACUGUAGAGCUGCAAACACAAACAACACUUGUUUCUCCCAUUUGAACAAGGCAGACUGACAAUGUGCUCGAUGUUUCAUUGCAUCAGUAAUAGUGGUAGUUGAGGUGGGUUAAAGACAGAGUUUGAUUUCUUUGAGCGAGGUUGCAUGAGGUGUUUGUCGGUAAUAAGGGUCUUACGCAGGUCAGCUUGGCUUCUGAGGCUGAAAACCAGCAAAGUAGCCCGGCUAGAAACGGCUGCAUUUUCUGCUUUCUACUUUGCCAUCAGUAAGCCGCCUGUGUGUUACAGCAUUAUCUGUGGGUGUAACACAUACAUGUUCCUCCAUCUGCAGCACAUUGAUGAUCUCUUUGGCUUAAAAGCAGAAGACAAAAAAACGUAAUACAACGAGGGUGAAGAGGACACUCAUAUGAGCUGGAGUGCACAUUGGAAGUCAAAAUUCAAAACGUAUCGGCGCUCUCUGCAAAAGUCAAGUUGACUCAUGUUUCAUUCCUGGAAUAGUGCGAAAAACAAAAGUGCCUUUUAAUGGUGGAGAUAAGGGCGGGAAUUUCUAAAUACAGCAGACACUUAAACUGGCAUUAGUCAGUAUGUCAGUGAAACUUUAUUUAUACAGCACCUUUGAAAUGCGUGAUUAUAAAGUGAGGUCAAAACUAUUCAUGCAAUAAGAGUGAAAACAAAGGGUAGCAUGUAGGUUUGGAGACGUUAACCUUCCUCCUUUGUUAGCUUUUACUACGCACCCGCCAUGUUAAGGGUCAGUUUUGACCCGUGUCUUAAAUCAGCUGUACAAUACACUAAAAACUAUUUUCGAUCAUCCAAUUUGGUUCUAAUCUCUAGGUUACCCUGUUAGGCUUCAUUAUCCAUGAAAAUAUUGCGUAUAAUAGUUUUUGUAGUGGGCCUUUCUUUGUCAGUAUACCCCUCAUACAAUCAUCUAUACUGAAUUGAUCUCACAUGUCUGGACAUGCCCGAUCUUAUUUUGUGCAGGGAAAAACAUGGCAAAAUGAGAAUUUCCUAAAUCUCACAUGAUUGAAAGAGGAUUUGACUGCCAGUGUAGACAUGAUUUUAGUUUUAACUCUAAUUAUUAGAUAUCAAUCUAACCGGGUCAGCCCUAACAUGACAAGGGCCAUAAUUUUGAUAAGAGAAUUUUAUAAUUUAGUAAAUUUAAUUUUUUUUAUUUUUAAUUUGUCGAAAUAGAGGUUCCAGACAAAGUCAAAAAGUCUUAAGUGGUUCUUUUAAGCAUCUAAAAACAAAAACAGGUCGGUGCAGACCCUCACACAGGAGGAGGGUUAAAGAUUCAGCAGACCUGAUGGGUUUAGGGAGCUGAUUCCAGAGGGAGAGGGCGUAGACGCUAAACGCACAAUCACCUUUUGUUUCACAGUGAAAGUGAGGGGCGGGAAGACAGCUUAGGAUAGAUGAAUAGAGUAGAUGAGGAGUGGAAUAAGAAAGAAGGAGUUCAGAAAGUAGCUGGAGACAAGACCGUACAAUGUCUUGCCUGGAAUUUAUUAUAUUAGAACUUUUUUCUGCGCUAAGAAAAAAAUAUAACCACAACUUCAACAAGGGAUGUUAUAAAGCUACAUCCCUGUCAAAUUGAAAUUGUAGGUUAACAUCCAAAUGCCUCUGCUGUUUAAUUAUCGCUCUAGCUGAGUGGUUAUAAGCCAGUUUAACCAGACACAGCGCACGUAAAUGCCUCCAUUUUCUGGAUCAAUAUACUGCCAAACUGCACUGUGCUACCAGCUUUACAGUUAUAUUCAUCGACCAGAGCUACAGCUUGUGGCAGAUGGCUGCCAUGACCCUGCUCAUGACCAGCAUUUCAAGCAUACAUGGAUAAACACAUCAAUAACUAGUUUAAUCAGCUAGUAAUUGUGGUGCCGGCUAGUGAGGGUAAGCAUUUAAUUGUUAAGUCGACUAAAUGUGCACAUACCUCACUUAAAGCUCUAAAUUGAGGGUGAAAGGAGAAAUUUAGCAGUGAUUUUUAUGUGUUGUUUGGGUGGUAGAAUGCAGAAAACAAACAUAAAUCAUGGGAUUGUCUAUUUAUAGUGAGUAAAAGAAGCAUGAACCCCCACAGCAAAGAUAGAGAAAACCUUUGAGUGAACUCAAGAAACAAGCAUGUCGUUUUCUGACCUGAGGAUACCUGCUGUUUUUGUCUGCGCACGCCGCUGGAUUACAAUUGAAACAUUGUCAGUGUUCUGAAAAGGUACUUUAUUCCCACAAGUACCAGCUGACAGACACAAAACAAAGUCAGAUUUACAUUUCACUGACUUAUAUCCACUCUUCUUGUUUAUCAUGAAAACGUCAAGGUUCGUUUAUGUCAGUCCUGCUUUUGAAACACACUUCAAAUCUGAGCUGACAUUUCUUGUGAAACUUCAUGAUCAGACAUUGUUUUCUUCUCCUUAUUUAUUUUUGUUUAAUCCCCAUGGCUUUCAAGAGCCGCUUACAUCUACCUUUUCAUCCUCUCGUUGUUGUUGUUGUUAUUUUCUACCUCAGAAAAUGAAGGGACGCUGAACAGGAAUUUCUUGAGAAUUAAACUCUUCUGGAGAAGAAAUGUGGAGCUGGUCAAAGAUGUAUGUUUCAACACAGCACUAAUAUAUAUGCGACUAACUGACUAAGGCGUAAGUUCUGCAGAAAGUGAAGCUCACUUGGCAGAAACGUCUGUGCCAUAAAACCCUGCUGUCACUGCUGGUGCACCCCGAUUCUGUUGCCAACGGUCACUGGCAUCCGACGUGAUUUUUAAUUUGGAGCUGAACAUUGAUCAUUCCUCUCUGCAGCCCCACUGAACAGAUUAGAUUAACUUAUGUGAUAGUUAAUUUUCCUCCAAAAAGAAAUCUCUCCGCUGUGGCGGUGUAGACGCGAGCUCCCAUCAUCCAUUAAGUGAUCAAUAACGUGUGUGUGAGCCGUGUAGCGUUGAUAUGUGCUGGCUUUAGAGUUUUAUUUUUGUCAUAGGAGCGUUUAUACACACUAUUAACCACGAUGAUAGCGAAAGUGGAGCUCUACAUGCUGCCACUUAUUCUGCAGCAGUUGCACUAAAGCAGCUUUGAAGUGAUACUUCUGUUAGUGGGCAAUUGUACUAUUUUUCCUCCUAACCCAAUAAAAGAGAAUCCACUAGUAUCCUCUUUUUUUAAAGUCCCUGCAAACAGCUCAAAGGAGUCAGAUCAGUUAAGAUCAGCUCUGAUAGCUAGCAGACACCCUGAUAUGUUUUGUUCUUUGAAUGGUGUCCUUUUUAAAAUUUUAAUUGAAUUAAUGAUUCUUGUAACCGCUUUAGGAGCUCCGUCUCUCAUGGCUUGUUAGUAGUUGCUAACUGAAGGGGAAAUUUGUGUUAUGAUAUUCUUGUUAAGUAGUGUGUGACAUUUAUAUUUGGGCAUUUUUUUUCCAUCACACUGCGUCCUUUUGUGUGCUGCAAAUAUAAAACAAAACCCAAUCUUUGCUGCAGGCCCGAGCACUGAACCCUCACUGACUGUAAUGGCAUCAGGUAUGCAGUACGUGCAGAGUGUGCAGAUGGUGCAAACAGACGCUUUGGGACACAAAGAAAAUAUCAACAAAAAUUCCCAUCUUUGUGUAUAUUUAUGUGUCUUUCAUUAGAGUUGAUAUAUUUAACUUACAGUUUGUGUCAAUUAUGGCGCCCCCUGCAGACAAAGUGUGAUUUCUCCUCAUAGAAAUGUCCUUUCUUGGUCAAAUAUAUUGUGGGAAAUAGCUGUAAAAACAGCUGUUAUCAUCUUUUCUGGAACUUACCACACAGAGGUGGUUUUAUGCGUCAUACACAACAGCACAAAAAUAAUCAUUUCUCGGCCUGUUGAUCUUUAUAGCCUGAGCUGUGUCAACCUAUAGUUCUCCUAUCAUCUGUCUGAGUGGCCACAUUGAUUCUCAGAUUAAUCAUACCCUCUGAUACGACCGGAUCAAAACAUAAGCCCGAUUUUUUUCACCUUGCCACACUCGUCAGCCGGAUGCGACACAAACUGUCAGAGAUAUUCAUGAGGAAACAGCUCAUUCCUCUCUGCUCAGUAGGAAACGGAUAAUUGAAAGUGUCUGUUUGGGUUUCUGGUGGCAGUGAUAGUUAUUCUCCUCAUCACCAUAUGGAAAUGUUGAAUAGUCAUUUAUAACGUUGACAGGCAUAAUUUGUAUUUAAUUAUUAAGUCCUUAUGGCAGCUUGCCAUUAUUUAUCCCUUUUCUAUUGAGCUGGUCCUGCAGUCAUUUACUGAGUUGUUCAAGCUAAUGCUCAAAGUCCCAAGAGUAAACACCAAACUUUGGAAAUCUACUCUUGCUGUUUGUGCUGAACUGGUUCACAGAAGCUUGUCUGUGUGGGUUUACUUAAACCAGUUUUACAAAUAAGUUUGCCUUUGACCGUGACCAGAUGAACCCUUUAUUCUCUUUAUUUCACACAGUUAUCUUGAGGCUGAAAUGGACCGUGCUUUUAAAACAGACGAACAGAUAACCACUGUUGAUAAAUCUUGUUUUUACUAUCAGAGGCUUUUAUCCGAGAUCAAAUCUAUGUUGUCUUUGAAUGAUUCUGAGUGAGUGCUACUCUUUUAUUUGUACUCAGUUGGACUGCUGUAAUGCACUUUAUGUUAGUGUUAGCCGGGGAAUCACUGCCAUGUCUUCAAUUAGUCCAAAAUGCUGCUACUCACUGCUACUGUAAAGUGAGAACACUUUACCCUUAUCACUGCCUCCCUCCACUGGCUCCCUUUGAGUUUGCUAGUCAAACAGAGCAUCUCUGACCUCUGAGUCCACUCUCUGAGGUCGACUAAUCAGCUGCUUCCUGUGGUGCCUAAGACCAGACUGAAAACAAGGGGUGACUGUGGAGCGAGAUAAACUGUCCCCGAUUUGACACACCUUUAAAUCUCCUCCUAAAACUUACUCUCUUAGCUUUUAACUUUCUUGUCUUCUCUGUGUUGUCUUUGUUGUAUUCUUUUACCAUAUUUGUACGUGUUUUCCACACUCUUAUGUGUUUUUAAUCGUUUUAUUUGCUCUAGGUUUUCCCCAUAUCUGCUUUUUAUCCAACUGUGCUGCACUUGGGUAAACAUUACUGUUUGUUAUGUACUCUAUAAAUGAAGUGCAGUGGAUUGGAAGUGGAUUUUGUUUGUUUGUUUGUUCUCUUGGCAGACUUCACUUCUACUUUCCCCACUUAGUUGUACUCCUAACUUCAUCUGAGAGACCACAGCCACCACUCGGUUGAAUUUCAGCUUUCGUUUUUCCCACUUGUAGCUGUUUACCUGUAUGCCAAGUAAACUCAUUUCGUUUCUAGGACCCAUAAUCUUAAGUUUUGCCUCAGAAGACUUUGCGCCCCCAAACAUCAGACUUUGCCCUCUUAAAUCCUUCUUCAGAGAUCUGCAGGGUUAUUAAACUUUCCCUCUCUUCCUCUUUUAUUUACUUUCUUUUAUUUGCUGUUUGCGGCGCCAUGCUAACGUACACAAAAAGGAUUCAGGCUUGAGUAUGACGCUCAUCGAGUCACAAUCAUACUGUUAAUCAUUAGCUUGAAGCAGUAGAAGCUCUGCUGGUAGCUGUCAGCUUGGCUGUGAUUCACAGCAGAUUUCCUCCUCAUUAAAAGCUCAUUAGAGGACUGUGAAAACCACAAAAACAGGCAUUAAGUGGUGACUGUCACAAGGUGUUUGUUGCUGAGCCGGUAACCUUGUUAGCAGUCCUUACAAAGUCAUGGUGUUUGUACUUUACAGGACUACACAUUUGACUGAACUGCAGACGGUCAUAAACAAUGUUCAUGUUUGAGAAUAUUUGAAACAGUGAGCAAAAAGAAAGUGUGUUGUGCUGUAAGUAAAGUUGAUUCUUCAGCACGGAAACAUCUGUUAAAGAGGUUUUUUUCUUUUUCAGCUUUAUUUGUGUCAUCGAGGGUCAGCCAAAAAAACAAAACCACCUCUAUGUGUAGUGCAAUACAAUCUGACAAGCGAGAACAAACUUAAACCCCUGAACUGCUUGAAAAGUUGGGUGAGCGCUGUUAUAAUCGAGCUAUUUGUACAAACUUAAAAUUCAUGGAGGCAGAAUUGACUCCCAGGUAUUUGUAUUGGACUGUGUUACCUUCAGCCAGCUGUGCCUUAUAAGCUGGAAAGUCAGUUUGCAUUUGAAUAAAACACAAAUCCUAUUAUGCUGUGCAUAGAAGUGUAAAGAAAGCUUUAAGAUGCUGUUUGUAGUCUUAAUGUGUUGUAUUCUGUCUUUUAAAUAGAACUUGAACAGCGUCUUCAGAUUCUUCCUUUGCUGCUUGACAUGUUUAUUCCCCCUCUGGGAUAAAAAAAAUCUCUUUUUAGCUCAUUAUUUCAUGUCUGUCUGCUCUGAGUUUGACACAUAACAGGAAUCAUAAACGGUAUUAUAACAGGUAUUAAAACAGCUUUGGGGAAAAGAAGUCAGAUCUGUGUAUUUGUAUUCUUCAAGGUUGUGUUUAUUACUAUUUUUUAACUGUUUUUUUUUUUUUAUAAGUAGAUUAGUCCCUCAAUAAUCUACAUUCCUGCUGCUUGAGCACUUGUUGUGGCUUUGGGCAGAUGUAGACUAGAGAGAUGUCUCCAGACUUAUUUUGAUAUGACACCAGAGAUAAAUCAGAGGUGUAAAAAAGUUACAUUUUCUAUGUAAACACUAGAGGUGAGAAUCACCAGUGGUCCCAAGAUACAAUAUUAUCACGAUACUUCAGUCACGAUACAAUAUAUUGCGAUUUAUACAUUUUUUUUCAACUGUUUAGCUAAUUUAGCAUUUGUCUUUCCUUUAUGUUUGUCUAAUUUACGCUGUAUUUUAUUUUCAUGUAGAACAUCUUGCAAACUUUAUAUAUAUAUUUGUUGUACUAACUCUCUCCUGCUCUAUAGUGUCACUUCUGCCAACCUCACUGGACAAACAGUUGAUUUUAUUUUUCCAUUGUCAUAGAUUUGACUUCAUAUUAGCAAUUAAUUUGAAAAACCAAUACUUGGUAAAUGAGACGACAGAUAUAUCACCAGACAAAAAUACAAGCUUGUCAAUGCUUGAUUUCACUCAAGGUUUCACAUCCUGUGUUUGGAAGAAUAGACAAACUGGAUGAAUUGCAAUCAUAAUCAGCUCAUUAGUCAUUCCUUUAACCUAACAUGCAUUCUAGUUACUUAGUUCCUGGCGGUCAACCCCAAAAGUCUGCUAGUUGCCAUGCAUAACUCCUGUCCAACCAAUCCUCCUCUAAACUUGACAUUACGCCAAUGUCAGAGCCCCAAACCUGUGGUGAAGCUAAUUGCUGUUUCAUCUUUUACUCCUGCUGAUAAUUUUGUUCAUACAUGUUCUUGUGGAGUUCAGAGGAGGCCUCAGAGAGUAUUUAAGAGAUGGCAAACUGUGCUUCGGUUCCAGGUGUUCAACCUGGCAGCAUAAAUCGCUCAUUUUAAAUGACUUGCAGCAGCUGCUCGUCCAAAACAAUGACUUCAAGAACCCUCUGACACUUCCUUGACUUCCUGUGUUUCUACAUUCAGACAAAGUCAACAGAUUUAUCUCAUCUGCUCGUCUUAAUCUCUGGUAUUAUGCUUGAUUUAGUCAGUUGUGUUAUGCUUUUCCAUGCCACCUCCGCCCCUCUAAACACUGACUAUGCAGAUGUUACAAAAGGUCUGCCUCGCGAAAUACACAGGCCUGGAGUAGCAUAGAAGUGAAUUAAAUAGAUUGGCCUAUUAUCAAACUAAAUUCAGGAUCUACUUUCGCAUUCACUGAAGAACUACUUUGUGUGUAAUUUCUAACCAUCUGGUCACUUUCAUCAAGAUAACAUAUUGUGAGAAACAUCAAGAAAAUUAGCAUGGAAAUAUUUCUCAACAUAUGGCAUGAUUAUAUCUGUCAGCCUGGGAAUGAAAACAGUGAAACAGGUCUGUUAGGUCCUCCUCAGUCUCACUCCAAGUAACACACAUCCUUUAAUGAGACUGUUUAUCUCAAAGGAAAGGGGAAAACCUUUUCUUCUGCUGCCCUGUCCUCCAAACACAAACACUGCGUCACCGCUUUCCCCGAUCGUAUUUGAGAGCACAUGGUCCCAAACAUUUUAGUUAGUGCUGCCUCAAUAAUUCAUGUCAGAGUUGGAAUAUAAAACGCACACAUAUUAAGUAUGUAGAUAGUUGUUUACAGUGUGAGUGGCUGUGUGUACGGAGCCCUAUCACCCACUCAAGCAUCUUAUUGACCUUUCCGUGUUUUUGUCUAAUUUAAGGAGGAAUGGAUAAUUCAUGUAGUGGUUAAUUUAUGCAGCCCAGAAGACUUCGACUGCUUCUCAACUCUCCUCCCUCUGCACCUCCUUCUCUCUGCUCUCUGCUGUGACUGCUGUGAUGGAGCAAUUUCUCUUCUCUUUGAAGAGCAGAGCGGCAUUCAGGAAAUUGCACCUGGCCACCAGAAUGUAGUAGCAGCAGAGAGGUGUUUCCCCUGGAGAGGUUUAAGGCCUCUAUUUCUCUUCUCUCCAACUUCCCCUUUGUUAUCUACAUCAGCAUACGGUUCCAGAAAACUGGAAAAUGUUCUUCCUUUGAAGACCCUCUUCUUUGAUGCACUGGGGUUGUGAAUCUUUUCAUUGUUUCAUUGCAAAGUGCUUGAUGAAUAAGAAAAGAGGAAUGUCCCAGCAGACUGCUCUCUGUGAAAAGAUCAAACGAGGGAAAAAAGAGGCUGAUAAGGAACUAUUUGAGGUCAUUUCUGAUUAGAAUACCGACUCGAGCUGAUCUGACAUGACGGGAUCAAGUCUUUUUAAAAUAAUUUCCAACCACGUGGAAAACAAAGGAGCGAGUGUGCAACCAUGAGAUACCUCAGGCGGUAGACAUUUUCCAUCUCCUGUAACAGAUUUCUCCCUCCAAGCUUUUAUUUCCCUCCCAUCGAGUUAGUUUUCAACAAUAUGCCAACUGCAAUUAACACUAGCUCCUGUCGGGGAGUUAUAAACAUUUGUUUGGAGAUUUGCUCACAUUAAAAUGACAUAAACUGUGAGAGUCACUUUGGUAGGAUUCAUCUUAGGAUUUCAAUUUUAUUCCAGUAACAAAUUGAGUCUAAUUCUUCCCACACAGUAUUAUGAAAAGUCAUGAUACUAUUAAAAAAAGCUCACAUUUUCCCUUAAUAGCAAUGCAUUUAUGCCUUUAUUUUCCUUUUAGCAUUAAAGAUUUGUCAUGAGGGUUUGCCAAAGUGUUGCCAAAGUUUCUUACUAGAUCUUUAAAUUUAAUACUCUGUAAUUUCAGAUUUUUGCAGAACAGAUUCUGUUGAUGAUCUUGCUCCAUCCAAAAAUAACAUGAUCCAUUUUUUUCUCACAUUUUUUAUUUGUCUUAGCUUAAAUAACACUAAAAUCUGUUCACAUGAGGUUCGGCUAUUAAAAGCUAACAUCUGCUGGCUGUAGUGUCAUGUUCAGCGUGUAUGUAAGAGUGGUUGGAGGCUUUCAAAACAAAAGAGGCAAAAUAUUUAUUCAUACUGCUAUUAUUGUGUUUUUUUUUCUUGAAUUUUACCUCAUUUUCUUCAGUUAAUUGAUUUCAUUUUAUAAAACAGUGACACAAAAGGCCCACCGGACUCAUGAAAAACUGUGUGUCUUCAGUCAGAAAGGCGCUCUGAGGAAAGGAUAAAUGGCUCUGGCAGUUAUUACAGAGCUAUCGAAAGCACCCAGUGCUCCCCUCCUGCUCCUCAGCAGCUGAAGAGAAUCAUCUCUGUUAAUUGGACUCUGAGGUAUUUCUGAAGUAGGCAGGCAACUGUGCCUGUUUAAAAAAAAAAAAGAGAGAAGAAGAAACACACCCACCAGUGAACUGCGGUAAAGGAGAACAAAGCCAGAGUCCCACUUUGGCGAACACUUCCUUUGGUCUGAUGCUUCGCCCUUUUUUUAUUUGUCAGACUCAGGUUUUGACAGCUCUACUCUGGGAAUAGAGGGGUGUUUGCAAUCUCCCGGCGCACUCCUGUCGUGACAGUUGUGUCAUAAUUUCUGUACUCUGAUCGCUGCUGUCAUGUCUCAACAAGGCAACAUGCAUUUGUAGAUCCUGCAGACAAAAUGUGAGACAUGCUUUGCCUCGAAGAAGACACAGCCUGGUGGUAUAAAAAAUGCUGCAUUUUGUAUCACAUGUAUCAUUUGCAGGCUGUGAGAGCCUGAUUUAGAUGCUGUUAUAUAACCCUCAAAAGAUGAUUUCUGCAUGUUUUAGCCUGUUUAUUAUAAAUGCUAUAUGUCUUCUGCUGAGGGCUGUCACUGCUGCAGGAAUGGAGUAACUUUGGAAAAAUAAUAAAAACACAAAGUAGACUUAACAUUUUCAGAGAGGGUUUACUUUUUCUCAAGCAGGUUACAGAUUUAGAGAGCAAUUUCUAACACUGCAGGCAUGACCUGACUCCAAAGACUGUCUGGACUGUAAAAUGAGCAGUACGCUAUGGUAAACGCUCAGUCGAAAUGUGAAACUAGCUCUCAAGAGAUGGAAUAAAAAGUACAAAACGACCACUGCGCCGCCUUGAAAUCCCAAACACAGUUUCUUUUCUGCACUGUGAUGUUUUCAUUGGAGUGCAGGGAUGCAGUUGCUAUCCAAUGUGCUCUCAUGUGUGAUCCUCCGCUUUGACUGCUGUACUCUCAUGUAGUGAUUCUCUUUUAGCCUCAACCUGAACUCUGUUAAAGCGACCCAGAGGGUGACAAUAAGCUCCGAUUUCUCAGACAGCUCCGGCCGUGUUGGGAUCCAGAGGGAGAGCCUGACUCCUGGAGAUGUGGAGACGACCUGUCUUUCCCUCGGCAAGAAUUCAUACUUAGUUUUGUGUUUUCUCUGGGCCCUGUGGCCUAAAGCGGGAGAGCUUAGGCGCAGCCACCACCCACACCUCCCAGCUGCAUGUGGGUCAGAGGGGCUGCGCUCCACAUCCUCCGGGCGCUGAGCUUGCAAAGUGAUGUCACCUCUUGGUCUCAGUAUUUAUCCUCACUUUGUCUGCCCUCAUUUUAAAACUAUUUCUCUGCAUUCCUCUAUCGUCUCAACCCCGGCGCUGCGCUUCCCUCACAUCAACCCCCCAUGGGCAUGACGAUCCUCAUUAUGUUUUCAUGUCGUGCUCUCUCUUCUUCUCUUCUCCCUCUCUCUCUCUCUCUUUCCUUCACCCUCUCACACUCUUAUGCCCUUUCCUUUGUUCUCUCUGGUCCCUUGGCGUCCUCCUUUCGCUACCUACUUUAGAGAUUGAAAAAAACAUGAAACAAGACAAAAAAUCAUGAUAAAGAGCACAGGUGGAGAUAUUAGGAGAGGAAAUCACUUAAGAAGCCUCAUAAGUGUAUUCCCAAAACAGAGCUGUGAUAAACAUUUGUACACACUUAAGAGGAUUAAAUUUAAUAUCAGCCCCACAGUGCUGAUCGAGGGGUAUUUAAGUGCUGACCACCUCUGAAGGCUGAUUGAGGGGCCGAGUAACCACAUUACCAACAUCAGCAUGAGAAUACUCAGGGCUCAUAAUGGAGAGAAAUCCUGAGCAGGAAAGCCGUCUGUCAGCGGUGAGACCGACACAUCCAGCAAGAGAGCAACUUCAUGUUGUUUGUUUGAAAAAAAUAUAUAACUUUAAUACCGCCUUACUUCCUCCCUAACAUCCUUGCAGGUAAAUUCUUAAAGCGUACAGCUCCAAAGCUAUUUUAUGGUACAUUUCUGCCAGCCUCCCUCACAUAAUCUCGAAGGAAAAACCACAGCAAUCGUUUCCCUCCACGUGUAGCUCAGUUUUGGAUAAAUUCUCCAAGAAAAAUCAGCAAAAUGAAAUGCAAAUGAAUUCCUGUUUCCAUCCAGCAAUGUCAUGCAGAUAUUAGCAGUUUGCAGGAUCCAGAUAAACAGUAAACGCCGCAGAUUUUUCAGUUGGAUGAAUAUAAACCAGAGCUGAGGAAGAGGUUGAAAACUUAAUGGCGUAUUUAGGAGUGAAGAAAUAGACUUGUAUUCACACACAUCUUGGAGACGUCUAUUUAAGACUGCAAGUCAAACACAGGAGAUGCUAACAAGCUCGCAGUGAAACAUUAACUUUCUCUUCACUCAUGUCAGAAGUGUUCUGGUUAUGUCACUGAUGAUACGUGACAUUAUGCCCACUAGAGCAUGUAUUUCAUAGAGUUUAAUUUUGCAGUGGUUGUUAUUUUGUUGACUUAUUUUAAGACUAAGCUUUGGAGAGUAGGUGGGGAGAGGGCCGCAGGUUGAAAUCAGACCCAGGACUGUAGUCUCUGUACUUUUAACUGCUGAGCUUUCACAUUUCUAAAUCAUGGACAAAUACUUGUUUUCUAUAUUCACACGGCUUUGACAGUUUGCAUUUCUAUUAUGAGCAACUCCAAAUGGACACCUGCAGUGUAGGAGCCAUAUGCUACAGACAAAUCAGUAUUAAACUUUGACUCAUGGUGCAUAAGGGAUGUUUUUCUACUGGUUGAAACUGCAGCAGCCUUGGCAACCACACUGCCUGACAUAAACUGCAUACAGACUCAUCAGUGUUGAAAGCACAGUGCAUUAGUUAGGGGUGUCAGUUUGUUAAAACCAGGACAGGAGCUGUCCAAAGUAGGACAGAGCGGUGAUUAAUACAUGCACUUGUAUCAGACAGACUCCUUUUUUUAAUACUAACUUUGAGGAAAGACCUUAAUGUUAGUGGAUUUUGCAGCAAUAAAGUACAUUGUUCUGGGCUUAUAAUGGAGCCAACAUUAUAAACACAACACGUCAUAAAUAUACAUUAACUACUUUACCCUUCCUCCUGUGUUAGCUUUUACUAUGCACCCACCAUGUUAAGGGUUGGUUUUGACCCGUGUCUUAAAUCAGCUGUAAAUCACACUAAAAACAAUUCUCUAUCAUCCAAUUUGGUUCUCAUCUCUAGGUUAACUUGUUAGGCUUCAUUAUACAUGAAAAUAUCACUUAAAAUAGUGACUGUAGUGAGCAGGGAAAAACAUAAUAAAAUGAGAAUUUCCUAAAUCUCAUAUGAUUGGAAGAGGAUCUGACUGUCAGAGUGGUGCCUGACAGUGCACUUAUGAUUUUAGUUUUUGCUCAAAUUAUUAGAUAUUGAUCUGACCGGGUCAACAGCGACCCUAACACAACAAGUGCCAUAAUUUUAAUAGGAGCAUUUUAUAAUUUCGUCAAUUUGAUUUUUAAUUUUUAUUUUGUUGAAAUAGAGGUUCCUGACAAAGUCUUAAUGCAAAAAAAGCUAAUUUAAGUGGGUUUUUUUUAGCAUCUAAAAACAAAAACGGGUCGGUGCAGACCCUAACACAGAAGGAGGGUAAAUACACCAAAUAUAUGAAAAUCCCAUUUGAUGUAUUUGACGGAACACAAACCCCGGUCACUCUACCUGAAACACACACUGCUUUAAGUUUAUUCUUUGGUUUUAUUCCUUAAAUUGGAGAUAGGAUAGGAGAUCAUGUAUGAAACAAGGAGGAGAGAGAGUGGAGAAUGAUGUGGUAAAAGGCUGUCAGUCAAAAUCAAACCCACGUCUUGAACUCUUGCCUCUUCACUGCUGGGCUACACCAGCACCCCUGAGACUAUUUCUGUAUGAUGUUCACGCGGUUUACGUUUCCUCACUUUGAAGAAUGAUACCAGCACUUUCAAAGAGCUUUCCAAACAAAGUUCAUAAAGUGGCAGGAAAAGCUUCCAGGAAGUUUCCCCCAGCUUUCUCUGUGGACCAAAAAACACCUACGUGAUCAGCUCUAAAACAAGAGUUUGGCAGCAUUUCCAGAUUAUAUUUGCCAGGAUGAGACUGGGACAAAAUUCAGCCUUGGCACUUUGUCUUUGUGGCACUGGAAUAACUGAUAGUGACAUUAUUUUGGAAUAGUAAAUGUGUUAUCUGAGAACAUUUUGAAGCAUCAGCUUCAAGUUUUUCCCUCUUGUUUUUUCUCUUCCAUUUAUUUCAGCCCUUUAUUAUUAAUUUCAUGAGUAUUUCUUAUCCAGCUCUUCUUUAUUUUUCAUUUGAUUAAUCCUCUCUUGACUUUCGACAUGGAACGAUUAGACCUAACCCAAAUCACAGUCCAUAUCAGUCUAGCCCACAGGACAGGGACUCUCAAACCUUAAUCAGAUGGGCUUUCCAACAUCUAAUGGACCAUAGCCAGCCAGUCAAUUUAUUUUAACAACUUUUUUUCCCCCCUCACAUUACUGGCUGUGUGCUUGAAGCCCACUCGAUAGACCGGCCCAUCUGGCACCUAGAUGAUCUUUGCCUGUCAAGAUUAGAUCCCUUUUGGACCACUGCGGAGAAAGAGGAGGAAACACAAUAAGACAACUGGGGGGAAAUGUGGCUUUAGUUUCUCUGUUAUGUUGAAAUUUGAGGUUUCUACAGAGUUCUUAUCCAAUAACAAAGCUUUAUAGUUUUUCUCUCUGAGUUAAUAUUCUGUCUUUGUGAUGUGAGACAUGAUUUUUUAAUGUUCUUUGUUGCAUUUUUGUUCUUUUGCACAAAGUUUUUCCAACACAUCUGAGCAUAAAAAACAGCGAUAUUAAUCUCUUUGUGUGCUAUCCUGAUGGAAAAACAGCUUAUGUUUUUCUCCCUCUUUUUAGUUCAUUUCUGUCUCUUAAUUGCUAACUCUGGUCCCCUUGUUGCAGAAAAAACUCCAACCCUUCGAGACCUUAGAAAGGGACCCACAGGGUAUUUUUGGGAGAAGUUUACAGCGUCAUUAUGUGCAGGUAAAAAGGAGUUUUAGCCACAAGGGAUCAAACUUCUAAAAUUCACUUUCAGGGGAAGAGAAAAGGCCAAAUUGAUAGACUGAGCUUCAGAUAUCAGCAGUUGUUUUUGCAUACUAAAAGCCUAAUCAUUCUUUUUUUUCUGCGCUUUAAUGGCCACUCCAAAACCUCCAAACAGAUCUGCUCAUUGUAAAGCCCCAAGAUAUCAUUUCCCUUGUUGUUAACGGGAGGACAGCCACACCCAGUCUCCAUGACUCCAGCUGGUUUCUAGACGGAUCAGUAAUGCAGCUCAAGCACGCUCUAUUUGCCGGGGCUGAGAGGGGGAAACGCUUUUUAUGAAGACAUUUCGGACGUUGGAGAAGUAGGGGGGAAAAAAAGGCACAGCGGGGCUGAAAAUAGCUUGGGUUGGCUGCACCGCUCUGCACAUGGUUUAUUUAUCCUGAGGAUUAGUGCAGGUGACUUGAGGGCCGGGCUCUGUAUGGGCUGGAGGCAGGCGAGUAAACGAUGAGCUGUGACUCAGCUGCUGGAUGGAGUUUGGGAGGAGGACAGUGAGGAGGAGUGAUGCUGCAGUUAAGGGAGUGGAGCUCCUCUGACCUUAGAUCAGCUUAAUUGUUGAGUUCCUGCUGCUCACUGGGAAAUACAAAGACUUGGGUUUGAUGUUACAGAGAGGCUUUUGAACUCCAGUUUCUAUUUAUAUUUACACAAGAACUCUCUGAGUGCAACUUUGAAGUAUUUUACCAAACACUAGUUUUUUUCUGCUGCUUUCACACUGUAUCCCAACAUAGUUCACAGAGAAAUGCUAUACUGUUGAUGACAGGAAGUGUGAUUGGAAAAAAGAUGAGUUAAAUCUUUGGACUGAGAAGAAUUUUUAGUCUGGCCACUUCAGAAAAAACAGACAAAAAUAAUGAUUUGGUGAUAACUUGUGGCAAAAAUACCUCAAGAGGGAAAAACUGGCUCAUCCCACAUACUGAGAAAACAUCCCACCCCUCCUUUUUGUACUAAGCUGUCUGAUUUUGAAGCAAUGUAAUCAGCGCCACUUAGACUCAAGUGAAUCCUCUCACCUGGAGUAAAAAUGACACCAUCAGUUAACACAGCAUCAUCAUUUAAAGGGAACAGCAACACAUCAAUCAUCUAGAUUCCUACUUGACCUCAAUAUUAUCAUCGUCAUCGUCAAUGCCUUUGUCAUCACUCCAUUAAAUCCUUAAGACAAAAGUGCUGAGUCUAAAACUUUUCCAACUGUACAGAGGGACUCUAUGGAUCAAAUUUACUUUGGCAAACUCAUUCCACCACAGUGGAUUACAGAGGAGAAGAGUCUAGCUUAAGUAUGUAAGUAAUCCCAAAAGAGCCGGGUCAUUAGCUUUUUUUUUUAGAUAAAAAGGAAUCAUAUGGAGUUGAGAAAUUUAUUCCACCACCAGGGGACAACAGAGGAGAAGAGUCUAGUUAGUGGCCUGGGGCCCUGUUGUAAUAGGAGCAUCGGGUGUAUUUCAUUGGCAGAGUAUAUAGCGGGGGCAGUAAAAACCUGGUUAAAGGGUUCUGGGGAGGCAGGAGCUGUAUUUGUUGCUGUCUUACAACUGCAAGAGAGAAAGAAGAGCAGUUUCAGGUUAUCUGAAGACUUGUCAGUCAGCCACAGUCUGGAUGAUCUACAGAGGUUCAUAUUUGCGUGCAGAGGGGUGUCAGUAAGGAGUUGCAGUUUUCAGAGUAUGAAAUUUACAAGAGCCUGAAUCAGCCUAGUCUUGGACAGGUUGAGCUGACGCAGUCGAAGUCCUUCCUUCAUCCAGUGUGAGAUAUUAGAAAAGCCUGAUGAGGUCCUUGGCCAAGACAGUUGUAUCAUCUGGCGGAAAUAAUAAGAAGAGCUGAACAUCAUCAGCAUAGCAAUAGUUUGAGAAACCAUGGGGAUGGUGUAUUUUAAAAAUAGAAGGGGACCGAAAACAGACCCUUGAGCAGUGGCGGCUGCUGGUCUUUCAAGGAGGGGAAGCUCAUUUUUCUGGCCUACAUCAUAAUUGUAUUUGUUUAUUAGUAUGUAACAGAACAGAGUCGCCAAACACAACGGCAGUCGUUUUUAACAAAGACAAGAGUCGCUGAGGAUCGGUAAAGUCUCUGGAGCAGUUAAGAACAACGGAAUGAAUGACUUGGAAAAUGCUCUGGUAGAUGUUUUAUUCUUCAAGAUCGCUGAUUCGCUUGUUUAGCUGUCAAUCAAAAAAGGAUUUCGCCUCAGACAGCUCAUCCAAUCAUGAAUGCAGAAGCUUGGAGUCCGGGAGAAAGUCAGGACCGCCCUCUCGCCAUAGAACUCCAGUGAAGCUUAGCUUCCAUUGGGCGGGACAAAGCCCAGCAUUUAUCCAAUGAGCGUCUAGUUUAGCUGCUGGAACAACCCACUUUAAGCUUCCACAUUGAAGUCAGCAGAAGCCCAGCGUCCGACUGUUUGAAGCGCUGAGGCGCUGCGAGGAUGAAUGAGAACGAAGUUAUGCCGGUUACCUAUAAUUAUCAGCUUCUUAUCACAGUGUCUGAACAAAAGUUGAAGGCUUUCUAGUGCGUAUUUAGUUAAUGAAAUGUACACACAGCCGUACGUAUUUCACCACUUUUUCUUUUUUUGGGGGGGUGACAUUUUAAGGGAAGCCGAGCUUCCCUUGCAGUCUUAGAGCAAUCGCCACUGCCCUUGAGGUAUCCCUGUAAAAUUUUCCAUGCUCUUUUAACACUCUUCUCCUCCAACGUACUAAAAAUACUUUAAAGCUAACAGUAUGCAUACUUAAUAUACCUUUGCUAAUACUAGGCUAAUAAGAGGCUAAUGAAACAAGGAAGUGUUACAGUUUUCAGCUGUUUCUGAUUUAUCGCUAUAUUUAUGCAUCUCUUAGAAAAAAAAAAGUAUAAUUUAUCGGUAGUGAUUUGUUAACACAACCUUCAAAGCUGACUUCAUGCUGUGCCACAACAACACAAGAAUUUGUGACACCUGGUCCUGUCUUUUCACCAUACAUGUUUUUAGCGGGGGGGGCUCACACCUAUUGGCCAAAUCUUGACCCCUGACACAUCCUAGACCAAGUAAAAACAGAAAAAUGAAGGAAAUUUUCCUCAAAACACCUCUGUGAUUAAAAUAUAAAGAGAAGAAAUUGUGUUCAAAACAGAGACUGUGUUUGUAGUUUUACCUGAGAAAUAUAUCUGAGAACAUCUUUGCUCCCACGCAUGGGUAAAGAAGGUUGUAUAAGGAUGGCUGGAUAUGCAGGCAGACAUUGUUUAAAUCCCUUGAAGGUUAUGUUAAAUUCAAGGCCAGGAUUGAAUGUUUCCACGGUUACCAUGUCAGACCGAAUCACAAUCACAAGAUGUUUUCAUUUGUUGUUAACAUCGCAGCCAUGAAAAUAUGACAUGCUGGAUUUGAAUAUUUCACUCAGCAUGAAUGUGAUCUCGCUUUAAUGAAGCUCGGUAACACGUGCACGCAGAACAGAGGAGAUAUUGUUUAACAGAGUGGAAACAAAUGAAGCUGUGUAAUGAAAUAAAAGUAAUAGACUUUAGGGGGAAUUUGGAACAUUUUUGUGGGUUAGUCAGACAGAUGUGCAGGGAUGCAAAAACGCUAACAAAGACGUCAUACUCGUGUUUUGGAUGUGAACAAAUACUACAAACAGAGUGAAUGACAGCAGACAAGCGCGAACACUUGUGAGCUAUCAAAUGAUCUGCAGCAGCAAAAGCAGAACUGACAGACAGAAGCUCUCAGAAGGAGAUACAAUUGAUUUCAAGGAGAACCUUCUGUGCACACUGUGUGCGGACUUUGUAUAUGAUGAGGUCGGACAAAUGGACUCAGAGCUGGAUGAGGUGAGAGGAGACAGAUGGCAGCAGUUGUAGGGACAGGUGAAGACGCAGACUGUAGUCGCCGUGGGUGAGAAACAGAAGUGAACUCUCUUUGAACGGGGCAAGGACAAAUGGAUGAAAGAAAAAAAGGAGACAAGGAAAAGAGCUGGAGGCGUGUUAUUUAGAACCAAAAAUGAGGGUCAUAAUGAGGGCGUUUGAACGGAGGGAGAUAGGAGAGAGGAGGUCUCACUCUGACACAGCUAAAAUGAGGCAUUUAUUCUAAAUUGUUGGAAGAUCUCACCCAAAUUUACCUCAUUUUUAUUAAAGGUUUUAUUAAUGUCUGAGGGAUAACUCUUACAAGGUAGAUGAAAUUAAUUUUCAGCUACUGAGAUCAAACACAAGUGCGCACAUGUAUCAAAAGCACUAACCUUCACACUCACAUCCAGAGAUAAGGCACUGUUUUGUGGUUGUGGCAUUCACAACAACAACAGCAAGCUCCUGGGAGAAGAGCCUGGAGACUGAUUAGUAUUUCCUGGAUGUGCCUUUGCACUUUUAUAUCAACCUCAGACUGGCAUUUCCACUGCAAUUACCGAGCUAAUCAGUUAACCAGCGAUGGCUCUGUCUUGGCCCGCAGCCUGAGUUCAGCCAGUGUUUUCUUUCUGUUGUGGUUUUUUUCCCCAUUUUAAUGUGUCCGCGGGAAAUAACGGCACGUCUGCGGAAAUGCGAGGCAAGAGCCACAGUUAAGCGGCUGAUGAAUGGUGUGGAUUUUAUGUGUUUGUUUUACUCUGUGCGUGCGUGUUUGUGUGUCUGUGCGUGUGUGUGGGGGCUUUGUUGAUUUGUUGGGACCUUGGCUGCUCUGCCUGCUGCUCUUUCUUGAAAGAUUAUCAUUAUGACAUUUUGUGGUUACCGCACGGAAUACAAUACAGACUGACAGGAGAGCUGGGAGACAGAUAGAGAGACAUUUACAGGCUGACAGGGAGGAGGAGACGGCAAACAGAAAGGACAGAAUAGCCAUGGAGACAAUCCAAUAAAUAUGAAUAAUGACCCAAAUUCACCCACUUGGCUCAAUUAAAAUGAUCUCCUGAGAAGAAAUGUGGAAAUAUCCCUUAUUCAUUCAAAGCAGCAGAAUUUGAAAUUCAAUUAAAAGUAACUGAUCGUUGAAUGACAAAUUGUUGUGACUCUAGGCACAUUGCAUUAUUUCUGCUCUUGCACGAGAACCUUCAAAAAGCCUUUUCUAACAUGCAACAUUUUUCUCUCUUCAUGACAUUUGUUUUAUUUCUUGUCUGAACAAUGUUGCCACAGACCCUGUCUUUCUCAACCCCCAAAUAAACAGACUCUUAAUCUCAGUGAGAUUUGCUUGAAUUUAAACCUGUAAUCUCUGUUUUUUAUAUUUACAUUUGAUCGAAUCACAAAGUGUCAAAGAGGAAUUUUGGUAUAAAAAGCCAGCUGUGAGUUAUGAUGCAGUUCUCCUAUGGUUUCACUGCUUCCCCUGUCUAUAGUCUUUCUGUAUGCUGCUGAUUUUUUUGAUUUCUUUUUUUCUUCUUUGCAAUAUAGCAGAGCUUAUAAGAAGGGGAAAAAACAGCUUCUCCCUGCAGUUGGAGACUAAAAUGAUCAAAAAGAGUGUAAGUUGUGGAUUUUUCAGGUGGACACAAGACUGCAAAUGAAUUUGAGUGUCUGCUCAUGUCUGCAGAAUCUUAAAAUACUUAAAGCGUAUGGAAGACAGAGGAUAAGGCAGUAUUUAAAUAAAGCAAAGGACAUAUGGGCAAAAGAGGUUUAUUCAACUUUCUGCAUAUCUAUGAGAAUAAUCUGUGCUGUAAUGCAGCGUGGGCUGCAAUGAUAAAAAGCCGCCUCACCAUGAGUCUUUGUUUGGACCUUAAAAGACCUUUAAGGCUCAUAUGAUAAAAAAAAAUCUGAUUAAUGAGUUUAAGCAGGACCGUUUAGGACUUUAUAAACCAAUAAAGAACCUUGAAAUCAAUCAGAAAAGACAUUGGGGGCCAGUUCAGAAGCUAAGAAAUAGGUGUGACGUUUGGUCUUUUUCUGGUUCAUGUCAGCAUUCUUGCAGCUGAGUUCUGGAGCAGAUGAAAAUGAGAGAUUCAGAGAGACCAGAAAGAAGAGUGUUGCAACAGUCGCUACGCCUAGUGUUUCUGCAUUGAGUGACGAAUCUGUUGCACUCUGUAAAGGCUUCUCUGUAAUUUCUUCUUCAGCUCAAAACUAAGAUUUUGUUCAAAUAUCACACCUCGAUUUUUCACCUGCUGACACAGGUUGAAGACAGCGCUAUAAGUUUGGCAUUCGUUUCUCUUUCUAUCUCAAAUACAGUUAAAGAGGGUAUUAACUGGCCCUGGGUCAUCAGGAGACAUGGUAGAGUAAAGCUAUGUGCUAUCUGCAUAGCUCUGGAGAUUGAUACCACGCCUUUUGAUGCUAUUUCCAAAGGAUGAAAUAUAAAAGUUAAAAAUGUGUAGGACCUAAAAUUGACCCCUGAGGAACACCAUGGUUUACAUUGCAUGUUUUGAUGAGGAUACCCUAAAACUCACAUCAAAUUUUCUGUCAGUCAAAUUUAAACCAGUCAAGACCAAGACCAGAACCAGAGAUGCCAAUAAAAAAAGUAAAAGAACAGAGAGCAUAUUUUAACAUGUAAGAAGGCACUUAAAAGUUUUAUACUCUUUGAAAAACAAAAAAGAAUUGAUCGAAAAAGAAUAAAAGAAAAAUUCAUUUCCAGGAUUGUAAAAACUCAAGCUUGUUAAGGCUCGUUAGCCUCCAUCCCAUCAUGCUCACUCUUUCCUCUGCUUUACUAAAACACACUUAAACUUGGCUCCUUCUUAUCCUCUACAUUGUGGCCGCAUCGUAGUUUGUAUUGCUGAAGCACAAAAUGUUGACAAUAGACUCAACUCAUUUUGCACCAUCAUUUCCUUCUUUGCACUCUCGGACCUCAUUGCAGAUCAAUCUGAAUGAAUCUCAAAGACAGUAGGCGGCACAGUGAUCAUUUAAUCUCGAUUAUCUUAUCGUCAUGAUUGUUGUAAAAUCAUAAUUACUAUUGAUUUUUGACUCAUUACCCAGCCUUACAUCACAGCAUCUGUAACGCAAAUGUCAGCUCACAUUCAAGAGUGCUAAACUUCCACCUGUGCAGCUGCAGUUUUAGUAAUGUCGCUCAUUAUUCUGUGACUUUAAACACUCCUGGACACUUCUGGAUUUCAAGAGCUAUGGCCCUGAGGAGAAAUAAUUAGUCAUCCUUUGAUUCAGAAUUAAAAAGCAGGAUGGUGAGAGGGAUCCUUUUCUUUAAUGAAGGUCAAACACCAACAAAGAGAGCGCAGAUCCUUAAAAGUAUCAAACAUUAAACAGGAUGGACUAAUGUUUUACUCCGCCGACCUCCUGCGCACUCACAAAAACUAUUCUGCUGCUGCUCUUCUUUUUUUAAUGAAAUGAAAUUAAACUCAUCAGUCAUACGGCCAAGCGAAGACAUUAGGUAAAACAGGCACCACUACUUAGUGACUGAUGUUCAGACGACUACACAGAGGAGAGGACAUCAGUCACUAUGGUGCGUGUGUGUGUGUGUGUAUGUGUGUGUUUCCCAGCAGGAAGUGGCAGGUAUGUGAAAAAGUAAAUUGGCUUUGCUUUCUUUGUUUACUCUCUACUGGUCAGUGUCUUCUGCUGCUCUGAUAAGUCGAGCUGUGCUGGAGUUAAAGUGUCAGCCGAGUUGUCAGGCGUGUUAUCACUCCCGUCUCUCUUUUUCUCUCUCUUUCUCUCUUUCUCUCUCGAUCCACCGGCUGACAGGGACACACCUGUUUAAAGAAGCAGAGGAAAACUCGUUAUGCUCCUCCCGUCGCCUGCCUCCACCGUGGGCAGAUGCUGCUGUCUGCCCUACAGGUCCAGCUUUUCUCUCCCUUCUCUCACCCAAAUGACACUUCAGUGCUCAAUUAAGGGAACUGGCAAUAUGUUCCCGGUCAGACCUGCAGAAAACAAGGUUGAUGGAAGGGUGCAUCAUACUGCUUGGGCUGCCUCCGGUCGUAGCUUUGACUCUAACAGCUCACAUGAUUCAGAGCUUCUGUCUUUUAAAUCUUGCAAGUAGCCUUUCCCUUUAACACCCAAGAGAUUGUCAGCAAAGUAAUACAAAGAAGCUCACUCACUGCCUCCACAUGGCCCCAUAUUUGGAGGUUAGCGAGGGUGCGAGCCUCUGUCCCAUUAGUUUCUGAAAGUCAACGCCAUCCUUCAUUCUGCUUUACUUUUCAUACUGAAACAAAUCAGUAUUUGUUCCAGGAUUUUCCACCAGAGCUGCUGAAGUAUGUGAGUUCAAAACACAGUCAGGGUUUAAAAUUCACCAACACUCUCUGGGAUGUCAUUUAUCCAGAUUUUUUUAGCGUCAAACUUUUCUGGCUAAUACUUCCACACUCUCAAGUCCUUUCUGCCUGCCAUGAUAAAGUUUAGAAAUAAAAGCUCAAGGACACUGGUAGUUUAGCCUUUAAAUUGUAAACCCAUACACAGUGGGAGCAGACCUUGAAGCAGCGGUUGCCGGUUGGACUCCCAGCUGCAACUCCUCUCUUACAGUUUUUCUCAGUCGCUUCGGUGCAUUUCUCAGAUCAGAAUGAAAGUUCUCACAACUAUUAGUUCAACCUCCACAACAUUGAGUCAUUUGUGCACAUCAUUGUAGCAGUUUCUCAUUCCUCUGGACAAACUGCAAAUGCUCUUGGACAUGUAUCAGUUACUGUCAUACAAUCCUCUGCUGUUUCAUUUGCUUCUGUCAUGUCAAAAUGAACUAAACUUCUGAAUGCUGAAUAGUCGUUCCCUAUAAAACUAAUAGUCCUCAUUUCAUUGCUUGAUUCAUUAGAUAAAAAAAUGUUGAACUAGUUCUCAAAAUCUGUCAAGACAAUUUACUAAAUUUCUUAAUCAUUUUUUUUUCCUGAUUAUGUCUCCUAAGUUGAACAAUUGCUCUCAGCUUUCACUCAUGAGGAGGUGUGUGAAGCAUUAGCAUUAGUUGUAACCAAUGACAAGGCACUUGUACAUAGUCACUCAGAGCUGAAUCCCAUGAACCCUCACUUGACAAGCAUAUGUAGACCAAGCAGGACAAAGUGUGUACCAUUUCUACAAUUCUGUGAAACAAAAACGGAAGGUUACAGGGAGGAAGGGAAAGGGGACAAAACAGGGGCAGAGGAAGAAGAGGUGAAGUACAUAAGCAAAUCCUUGAUGAAAUUAGGGCUACACUUGUGGACCAUGUUGUCAAUUAGGGCCUCACUAUGGCUGAAGCUGGUCGACAUGUGCAACCAAAUGUAGGGAGAACCACUAUGAAUGUCCAGGAAUAAUCGAUGUUCAGUUUACAGUAAUUUGUACUGUUAUAUUGUUAAUAUCUGUGCACAGUUCUACCAAAAUAGUAUUUCUUAUGUUUUUUCUAAAUAAGUGACUGUGAUUUUUUUUUCGCACGGUUUUCAAAAGGCUGUACAGGUAGUGUAUUGUGCUGUCUUGAGCAUUUUCAGGUAAUGUCACCAAGGUCUGACAGAGAGAGAGUAAAGUGUCAUAAUGAAAACAUGACAAAGCCAUUUGACUGUUGUGUUCAUACACAAUGAUGUUGGGACUAAUUAUUUUGACGACACAGACACUUUCAUUGACAUGAAUACUUGCUUUUGAGGAACCAACUAUUCAUUUUGAGCAAGUGACGCGCUUUUGUAGGUUAUCCACUAGGUUUUGCAGUUUGUACUAAUUGUUCUGAGAAAUGCACUAACUGUUGUGCAAAUGUUAAAAGUGAUUUGAGAAAUGCACCUGCACAAUUGAGAAAAACUGUCGAGUGGCAAAGUGACCCAAGAGCCACUUUUGAGGGGAGUGACAAGACAAAACAACAUGAGCUUCCUUACUGCACUGUGUGUGGUGUCUUGAGACAGAAGACAUUGCAAAUACUACUUUAUGGUAACUUAUUUUAUUUACCUUAUUUUCAUGUCAAUGAGUCAUAAAACAACUGUGAAGACUGUCAGAUGGGCGCAUUAAAGCUACAUGAGAAUAGGACCACAACCUUGAUGUUAUGGCACCCUGGAGGAAAACUGGAAAGGAGGAAAUGAAGGUAAAACCCGAGCGGUGCAUGAGAUUUAUAGAAACUUUUGCAAGGUCUCAGAAAUGCUUUACUCAUGAGACUUCUUGUGAUCACAGGCGCAGUGGAGCAUCAACAACAGCAGAGCCUCAGAUACAAAGAUACAAAUGUGUGCUUGGCAGGACAAUAGUUAGUGCAUAGGACUUGGGAAAUUCUUUUUGGAGAUGUUGCUAAGGUUUCUUAUGAAUCAUUUUUUGCAUAAUGUCCCUUCAGGGGCUUCACAUAAUGUCACAUCUACAGCUUUGAUUUUUUUUCCCCCUGUGGCAGCAAUAAUUUUAGAGAGCUAACAACAAACUAAAAGUGAAUCUGCGCAGCAUAAAACCAAAACAACCAUCUCAAAAAGCUAAAAUUAAAAAGCCUCAUAAGGACAAGAGAAAAAUCAAUUUAUGAACAUUCCUUUCUGGAUUUCUCAUUACAAGCGACGCCACUUUAAAUAGGAGUUACACACAACUUUUUCAAUAUAUAGUUAUUGGUUAAGGCCCUUGAAAAGAGCGUAAAAUAUAACUGUUGAGUCAAAUUGUCAUUAUUUUAACAAGCUAUAGGAUAAUACAGAUUAAGCGUAAGAGAAAUGAUGUUUAGGGGAAAAAGGUUAAUUAAAAUAGUAAAUAACUAAAGACAAUAACCUACUUAUAAAAGGCCGCUAAGCAAUCACAGCAUUAGUCCUCAUACUUGGAAAUUAGUUUUGGCCUGAUGGCCCCGCUCAUUAUAACUCUAUUGUUGCCUGGAAACGAGGGAGCGAAUGAGUGCAUAUGUGUGUGUGUAUGAGUGUGUGUGUCUUCAAAGAGUUAUCAGCGCUCUAUGUUAUCACCUCUGACACCUUAUUAAGGACAGUGUUGUUUUAAUUAUACACUGAUAUCAGCGGGGGGAGAUAAUUUUGAGUGGCAUUCAUUAUGUCUUCUAUUAGCAUUUGAAGACAGACAAAUGAGCUCCACUCUACUAAGGUGGGCUGCACAGGUUCAGAUAGAAGAAAAGGAGGGAAAGGGUGCAUAAUAAAGAGCAGGGGGUGGAUGAGAGACUCUGGGAAAAGAGAAAAAGGAGGAAGAACAUUAGAUAGUCUCUGCUUUAAAGCCUCUUUAUACCGCAAGUGUAAAACUUCACCUUCGGUUUAGUCCUUUUAAAGCAAAUUUAAGGUUUGUAGUCCUAACUCCCUCUGAACGAAGACUUCGAUCCAUGUUCCUGCGAUUAAGCGGCUUUUCUUAUUUUCGUCUGUCCGUAUCAUGUCAACCGUGAAGUGAAGGAGAAAGCGAAUGAGAGAACAACAACUCUAACUAAGAGGUCAGUCUAAUGCUCUUCUUUUUUUUCCGAGGUCGUAUUUGCUCCCUCUGCCAAACACCAUAACACCCCCACUCUGAGAGGCCGGCGAUUUUCCACAUCAGUAAGAAUUACAAAAUGGGCCAUGUCAGUGUUAGGAAAGCAUUUGUCCUCGUUUUGUGUUCCUAUUUCUAAACUUGUCCCUGAUAUUGUGAAGUUGUACACGGUGCGGCAAUUGCCAAAUUAGAGUUAAGUUCACAAGGAGACUGAAAUGUAUUUAAACAGCUUUUAUACAGACAUUAAAGCACUUUUAUUAGGUCUUAACAGCUGUAAAAAAAAAACACUUAAAUCCCCCAUGAGAAGUUUUUUGCUGGUUAUAACCCAGACUGAAAGUAAUAUCGAUGCUUCCUAAUGGCUAAUAAAAGCAAACAGCUCUUUCAGCAGUGUUUAUUUGACCUGAAAAGGCAAUUGAUGACUCCAAAAUGAUAUCUUUGAUUAUUUUUAAUCUUUUGGACUGUUUUUAAAAUGGACAGCUUAAGAGAGAGACAAGAAAUGUGAGAUGAGAGGCCGUAAACAAGCUAAUUGAAUUAUUUCUAAUUAAAGUGUCACAUUUCAAUGGAAUAAAAUGCGAUCAUUUGUGUAAAGAAAGUACCUAUAAUUUUAUCUUUUAACUCUGUUAGCAUCGAAAUAGGGUGCCAGAAACACAAACACUCACAGAAGCUUCAAAUUUGAGUCAAAAGGCUUAAUUAUCAGUCUGUCUAAACUAUUUAAGAAAUAUGUGAAUCUAUUCAUAGAGAAACUAAAACAAUUCGAGAGUUUCACAAAGUAGACAGAUCUUGUGGUCCUCCUGUCAGGUUAAAGAGGGUAAAGAAUACCAACUUGAACCCACUCAAAUUGCAGUUUUCUUCACAUUAUUAGUCACUUUUUUUCAGACUGUCUUGUACAAGAGAGCACAAAAAGUGUCUAAGUUUCCAAGGCCUUUAAUUUGUCACACAAAAAAAAAAUGGAGGAAAAAAACUGGAUUUUACUCGAGGUUUACAAUGCUGAAACAAGCUCUUGGUCUUUUUUUCUGAUAUCGUCUCAUUCUUAUUCAGUUCACAGAAGGGAUAGGACCUACAGUGUUUCCCAUCAUGCAUUCAGAUACCCUCAGGAACCUUCCUGCAGCGCUGGGCGAAGAGCCACGACACUGUGUAGAUCAUGUAUUAAAAGAACCAAUAGCUUCAAGGAAUCAACAUACAGAGGUCCAAAGAAUGAGGGAAAAGAUCACCUGAACCUUUGAUCUAUUCGUCCACCUUCAAUCCUGUAAACAACCUGCCAGACCGGCUCACGAUGGACUGGUGGAGACUUAGAUGCACACCGAUACUGAUGCGCUGAUACUGAGCACAGCUGCUCUCGAACACCGGCUGAAUCUAAAUGUGGUAAAAGGUGCACAGCAGUUUAGGGUAUAUGUAUGAGUCAGGGAGGCAGUUGAAGCUCUGCUAAGGGGAGUCGUUUAUAUGCAAGCAGACCUAUAAAACCACUGAUGGACAUCAGCUAAUAUGCCUCCAAAACCCUUCUGCUCCUUUUCACCCUCAAGAGAACUCAUCCAAUCCUCAGCAGUAUUGAGCCACUCCUCACGCUUCAGUGUCGGUGUGCAGUAAAGUCAAAGCUCUCCUGUAUUUCAAACAAGAAUAAGUUAAGUCAGACUCUUGCACGGAGUUUCCAAAUGUCAAUAUGCGAACGCCGAGUGCGUCUGUGUCGUCCCCUCUGAUUUGUGCAGCAGCGCGGCGCUCAUCAAGUCAUCAUUUGAUUGCAUUGUGUGUUUCGAUAAAAAAGAUGGCAUCGCAUUGAAUGAUGCCUCUCAUUAUCUGCAGACCUGAGCUGCUCCUCCAGACAGGGAUGAUGACUGCAGUGUUUGUUUUUCUGUCCUCAGAGGAUACCUCAGAGAACAUCUUCACUCACAGAGAAUAAACUGGGAAUAAAAAAACACAGACACAAAGAGACACAGGUAGAAAGAGCAGUGUGAAUCUUCUGUCUAAGCUGAUCUGUUAGCUUCCUGCUUUUACCUCUUCUUUAAGGUCACCAUGGCAACUUGAGCCUGCGAAGAAGCUGCACAGAGCUGACCCUCAACUUUCUCCAACUCUUCUCGCUUUAUAAACGCUCGAGAUAAAUCAUUUCCAAGUAAACAAAAAGAGCGACGGAGCCAAAGUAAUUUUUAUCUACUAUUUCGAACUGAUAAGAAAAGAAUUGAAAUCUAUAAUUGCCUUUCUAUAGAGAAGAAUCUAAACAAAUGAUCGAUAAAACUUAAUCAUUUACGGAUGCAAAUCAAUUUGGGAGCCAUUCGUCGCAGACUGGUUCGCCUCUGUUUAUAAUUGCGCCUCUCUUUCAUUUACCGGGAGUGUAAAAUAUUGUUUGAAAUGCUUUUCCCCAUUUCAACAGCCUCCAAUUAUUUGUGAAUGUUUUGUAAAUGGGUGCAGAUAGCCGUGCCAUUUCAUUUUGCACUUAGUGUCUCACAAUCGCACACACACACAUACACAGACACACAUCUGCGGUGUUUGUUUUUCCCCUGUCUUGUUAGUGUGACUUUUGCAUCAGGGUUAUUUCCAGCUCUGUGCCACCAGUUAAAGUAAGUGUACAGACUUUAUUUCUGACAGGGAUUUGACGGCGCACAUUCACUUGUUUGCUGAAAAUUGCAGAGUCUUCUGCAUGAGCAAAACUGCAUUUCAAACCAGUUAUACUUCACUGCACACUUUUAAACACAUAUCUGCUCUGUGAAUCAAAUGUCUGUAAAAAUGUCUGAAAGCUAGAAGGAUAUUUGGGCAAAGGAUCUGCUGUAACUUAUUCUGAGAAUUAGGAGCAUUAAUAUAAAAGAGGUCUUUUCAGUUUCAGAUGAGAGGAUGAUAGAUGAAGUAAAUAAAAGUAAAUAUGAUAGCUGCAACAGUUUGCUGCCAAUGAAACAUGUCACCCUGCCUUUCUAACAUACGAUGGAGUAUUAGGGCCACAUUAAGAAAAAAAAAUUUAGAUCUCGAGAUUAAAGUCUAAAGGUCCUUACACACCGGGAGCAACGCAAAUAUACGACGCGAAAUUACGAAAUAUCCAUAGCUGGAUUUUGACGCACCUGACUGUACACAUCAAGCGCGAUGCGAUUUUGCGACUUUCCAGGGGGAACAACAGACGCGUCCCUGGUGGAAGCGAGAAGACUGACACAACAGCAGACUGACUGUUUUUCAGUUCUGAUUAGACUCUAGUGUUGAGAUGUCUGUCUGUCAUGAUAGCAUGUACUGAGUCUGGGCCAGUACCAGAUAAGCACAUUAAACUAUAAUCCAUAAAACGUAUGGUAAGAUUGAGUUUGAGACAGUGAAAAUACAUAUGGUGUGUUGUAUCUGAACAGGUUAGCUUACAAGCUAAAGUUACUUAGCACAGAUGAAAGUUAAAACAAAGACGUUUAGCAAACUGUUAAAUCUGAUUGGUCAGAAGUGGACACACAGUAUGCAAAACUUUAGAAAAAUCGACCGUGAUGCGAAAAAAUAAAUGGUGCAAUAUCACAGGACGGGAAAUUGUUGCUGAUGUGAACACUUGUAUUGACUGGAUACGGGUUCGAAAAAAAUAUUGACAUCUGAAAUAAUUGCACCAAAAAAAAAACGUUCCCGGUGUAAAAGGACCUUAAAGUCAUUAAUUUAUUAGAUCUAAGUCAUAAAGUCGUAAAAAGUAAUUACUUGUGAGAAUAAAGUCAAAAUAAUGAAAUUAUUAUGAGACUUAAAAUAUGGUGCUGAUGUGCCAAAAGAUUGAGUAUGUCCUUGUUUGAGAAAUCUGUAUUGAAGUACAUUUUAACGAAAUGCUCCAUGGUUCUCAUUUCAACAACUGUCAUCUUAAACAACAGGUUAGAAUAUAAGAACUUUAUUCUGACUUUACUCUCGUAAGUGAUUUAUUUACAACAACUUUAUUCUCGUAAUUACUUUAUUGUGACUUUAAGUAAUUUAAGUAAGUAAGUAAGUAAUAAUUUAAAUACCACUUUAUUCUCAUAAGUAAUGAUUUUAUUACGUCUUUAUUCUCAUAACUAAUGAUUUUAUUACGACUUUAUUCUUGUAAGUAAUGAUUUAAUUACAACUUUAUUCUCGUAAGUUAAUGGCUUUAAUCUCGAAGUCUUACAUUUUUUUUUCUAAAUGUGGCCCUAAUACUCUGUUGUACUACCACAUUAAUUCAAGGUCAACAAGGGCAAAAAAAUACAUACAAAUAUUGAUUCAGUCCAUGCAGAAGACGUGGCACUUUUCUUUUUCCUGUGUCACUGUUUGGUUUUAAACCACAGCUCAAGUUUGUUUACUUUGUCUCACAUUCCCUCGCCGGUGCUCAGCCUGCCAGUCGCUGUGAAUCAAACAAAGACACACCCUCCAGCAGGCUCUGAGGUGAAGGAGUAUUUGUGACAUUUGUGUACCCAAGUCUUUUUCUACCAUUUAAAAAAAAAACACGGUUAUGUACAAGUGUUUAAGUCUACGUGUCAGUUGAGUGCGAGUCUACUUGUGUCAUAGCCCGCUGUCCUUUUCUGUCUCAUAGGACACAGCGGGGAUGCCGACUCCACAGCUCUCGGUGUUUGUUUCCCAGAGUUUGUUUUGAGCCUCACAGUGGCACACAAACCCUCUGACAUUCAAACAAAGAAACACACUCAGACUCACUCCUGCAACACCGUACGCUGCGUAAAAAAGAAAUAGCUAUAUGAAGGCUCAUUCCUCAUGGAAAGUUGUACUGUAAAAGAUUUUUCCCUCAGUUUUAAAUCAAAGCUAGUCAGAGGAUUUAUACAUGAAGACUACUGAUAUUUCUUUAAAAGUACAAACCCUCUACCUUAGGCUUUCAAAUUUCUCCUUUAAUAUAGUUUGACCGCUGCCUGAGCCCUGCUGCUGAGAAAAACAUGAUGAUGUCUUUAAUAAAACCCCCUAUGGCUCUGCUUCCUAUUGACGGAGCACUCAUAAGAGACAUGCUGUUAACAGAUUGCUGCAACUGCAGUAAAAUAUUAAAAAUAGACCUGCAGUAACUGACUUUUUAGGUCCUUUGGGGGCAGUAGGAACUCACCAAAACAAAAUAUUGCAUCACAACUUUCAGGCUGAUACGGCAAACUUGUUACACCCUGAGAAGCAAGGAAGAAUGUCAUCCCUUUAAUUGGAUCAAAUCAUCAUUAAUUGAGUCUUAUGUUGUCUGAAGGCGAGUUCACUAUAAGUCAACUCAGCUUAAUUUAAUUUGCAGAGCACUUCUCUUUUUAAUAGGCAGUCUGAAGUGUCUCACAUAGCAAUAGAUGCUCUCAGUCUGUAACAAGAAGCAGUUUUCAUGUCGGGUGAUUUGUGUUCUGUAAUGUUUUGGACACAUAACCUGAUGCAGGACAAGGGUGAAGUUUUGCAAAAUCCAACCAUCUUGAAAAGGCUCUGUGAGGAGUUUACAUGUUUUGUUGGUGAAAAAAAGGUAAAUGAUAAUGCUAUUCAAGGAUGAAACUAUGACUUCAUUACUAUUAAAUCCUCGUAAAAUAAUGACUUUAUUCUCAUAACAUUAUUCUUUAAACUCUACAUCAAAGUCCCACUCCGAUCAUUUUUUACUAAUUAAAAUGUUCUCAGUGGUCUUUUAAUUAUGAUUAUGAAGUUUUUACCAAAAAUCGCGUUACCUGUAACAUUUUCAAGGGCUUCUCCACUGCAGAGCUCCAGUAGUUAUUAGCAAUUCGCCUCAUAGUCAUGGGCGGAGACAGUGCUGCUCUGCACACUCGUCUUCACACUCGUUAGCUUGCAGCCUAACAUUGCCUGUGCAGCAGAAGUAGCAGGUAACAUAGGAGCUAUUUAGCUCUGGGAUUUAGCUCUACAAUAAUGUCUUUGGGGACAUGAUAAAAGCUAAUAUCAUAAUUAGCUUACUUACGAGCUUUGCAAUCCGCUAAUGCACAUGCUUGUUCCGCAAUGAUCCUGCAGUGUAGUCUGCAUUGCGGGGCUCCGGGGGCGGAGCUUGGAUUGGUUACAUAUGAGAUCUCUCACUGGCUGUGUCCGAAAUGAAUCACUCAAUCCCUAACCCCCAUAUAUGAUUUUACCAUAUAGUUGACUAUGUAGUGAACCCAAUUACCGGAGGUUUUGGACAGUACAUGGCAAGACGCAAUGCAUGACGGGAGGCCCACCACCAGUGAGUAACCAUCAAAUGGUCACUACAUUUCGCAAUGCUUUAUGGGAGAUUUUGAGUCACCUGUAUUGGGCACUGGAAUUGAUCACUGAGGUUUCGGACACCCCUCAAAAUGGCACCCCCAUAUAGUCACCUAUGUAGGGUUAGGGAUCCAUUUCGGACACAGCCCUAGUUUCUGAACCUGCCGUUUGGGUCUGCCAGAGAUUCCCAGUGAUUUGAAUGAAGAAAUACGCAUAAAGUUUUCUCAUAUGUCCUGUAGCAUCAGAAAAAUGCCAUAUGAACAUAUAAAAAACAAGAAAAACAUGAUUUUUAAUUGGAGUCAUUUUGUAAACACAACUUAAUUCCUGUAAUAUAAGGAUUUAACUACCAUUUUGCUGUUGUACACAGCCAAGCUCUGACUGCAGAUCCUUCGUCUAAAACCUUAAAUCUUAAGCAAAUGAAAGUCCUCCUUCACUGACAGACUUUACUAACUUCUAAGUGUAUACCCUUUAAGGUAAGUGCUGAAUAUCCACUCGGCUUUUUGCAGGAACCCCAAAAACACGUACUAGAAUCUGAUUUAAAGAAAUAACCCUUCGGUCACUGAUGAUUUCAUUUUACUGUGUAGGUCAUGAGGAGAAGCAGUCAAGAGUGCGACUAUUUCAAAAUCAGUUAAAAGCUCCUCUAAGUGCCAUUUAGUGCAGACAUAUCAACAUUUAGAUCAAAAACUGUCUGUACUUAAACUGAAGUGUUAAGAGUAAAGAGAGAAACACUGAAGCUGACGCUGGUAAUGAGCUUCUAACUUUUCCCAAAGGCUGUAGGCUGGAAAACAACCUCCGGUGCUUGAACAGGGAGUGAAAACAUAGUUGUAGUAGAUGUUUUUUCUUUUUUCCCCAGUAGCCACAAGUUAAAACAUGAACUCACUGCACACUUGAGAACAAAUUUGAGGUGAGACUUAUGCCUCACCAGAAGGGAAGUGUGGCACGAAACCUCUCCUUGAGCAUUUUUAUUGAACCGUGCAGCCCUGUACUCUCCGCAGUGGAAAGAGUCUUAAACAGGGCGAGGAAUGAACAGCUGAACGAGAAGCCGAAACUCACUCGAAAGCUCACUAAAGCAGAGUAGAGCUGCAGUCAGGUCGAAAUUCUCUGCAGGUUCAUCUCCGUCAGCAACUCCUUUCACUUUGUCAAAUUGAUUUAACAUCACGGACGUUCACGUGAUUACAGCAAGAAGUCCUUGAAUUAAUUUGACUUUCACGCUGUGGUCAUCUUAUGUUUUCUUUCACCGCGAAUAUUCGUUUAAAAGCAGGAUAUUUUGUUCGACAUCUUGACCCGUCUGUAUGUGAGCACUUGAGUGUCUGCUGUCUGUUAUCUUGCCUCCCAGCUUGAAACUUCCCUUGUUGUCACUUUGAGAUUCGGCAGGUAGUGACUCUGUGCACGCUGCGUGUUUUGAAGUGGGAGUUGCUUACAUGCACCAUCUGUGAAAUGAAUUAAUCUCUUGGUAUUCAGCAACAGCAUGCGACAGGCCGGGAAAUCUAAAGCCUCAGCGGAUUUCUCUCAGCAGAGUGUGAAAUUUGUCACACGGAGGAGGUUCACUGCAGGGGGAAGAGCUGCAGGGCCUUUUUCCCUUUCCGACACUUUUCCCGCCCUCUGAACUGCACCAGAAAGUGACAGGAGUCCCGCUAAUGAAUUCAGUCAUUAAUUGAGGUUCGUCCCACCGUCCCUGAGUGGCACAUGUAUUUUGGGCACAAGAGAAUGAAAGACAGAUGACGUAAAAGAAGUGUCAAGGUGCUCUCUUCCUGGAGGAGAUUCUGCACAAGAGGUGCUGUCUGUCAAGACGCACUGAGGCUAUAACCCUCAUCACGCUAGUCACGGGAUCACGCAUUUCUUGUUUCGCUCAAUUUCCCUGACAGUAUAAAGAGAAAAAAACCCUGAAAAGUUCUUUCCUUUCUUUGUAUGUUGAGUCACUAACAGUGGAAAUGGCGCCAUAGCUUCUUUUAUUCUCUUGGGAUACAGUCCAGUGUCAUCAAAUGUCCUGUACACAAAAGCGUUGUUUGGCUGCCAUGACUCCUCCUGGAGUCCGGUUUCCAUCCCUGUUCAGAUCUACUGUAUGAGCUGGUCCCAGCUCAUCCCCCCCGAGGUGCACAGCUGCUGUAUUUCAGCCACUCAGAUGUUGAAUCAUGGAGCUGUUCCUAAAAUAAAUCUUUGAGUACUCCAUUGUGCAGCUGAACUAUGAACCAUGUGUUUGCUUUACAAAGGACUGGAGAUGCAUGCAAGUCACGCUUCAUCUGUUACCAUAUUCCCGUUGUGUGCAUCUGGGUAUGUAUACUGUAUGUGUGCUGUCACUCUCUUACAUAUCACCAUAUGUCUAUACGUACUCACAGGCUUGAUUUUGACGUAGAACAGACUGUUUUUUUACUUAUUUAUGUGGCUGUUUUCCCUGGGAAGCAGUCCGGCUGUUGUGCAGCAUCCCCUGCAGAAGAGGUGUCCAUUUUGUCGAGCUUUCACAGCACACAGAGAGCAGCACAGUCGCAACCGCCGCACCUCAGCAGCACCGUUCGACUCCUUAAAUUCACAUCCAUUUGAAUUUAUUUCAUUUUCCUCCUAUCAGUAGGAAAAAGCAAUUCAAACUAACUAAAGCAUGAUCCACGAUUUCAUUAAUCAGACCGAGACAGUAUCGAUUUACUUCAGCGUAAAUUAUGAGAAAAGCCAAGAUGAAUGUGCAAAGUGAAACAUGCAAUUUCAAGAGUCUUCUGGGGCAAUUACUGAGCUGGAGUCAGGUGUCAGGUGAAGAGCCGGGUGACAGCCUUUGGCUUCUUCUGAAUGAUUUUCUCCCCUCCUGCUCAAGGCUGAUUACAGCUCAUUGUUUUACAUUGUAUUUCAUUACACAUGCAGCGAGGAGAUAUCCUCAUAAAUCCAAACGUUCGAGCGAUCUCACAGACACGCGGGCGAAAUCACUGACUUACAGCCUAUGCGCUCACAUGUCUUACCAAUCAAAGAAUCACUUACCCAUUAUAAACUAGAAAUAUAUCACCUCCGCCCAUUACGGUUCAUUAAGCUUAAUCCAGAGCCAACCUUUUGUCUUGGUCUGUGCUGCCAGAGGGGCAUACAUUCAUCUGACGUUAAAGACCAAUUUAAACCCUCCCCCGAUUCCCCAUCUUAACAGUAUUGUGUUAGGAACCAUUUAGGUUCAAUUUAAAGAGCUGUUCUGUAGAGUUCAUUAGUUGUUUUUGCAGGAACUGAUUGGGUACUGGUAUUCAUACCGAAACAGUUCAAUACAGGACUUCUGCUUGGCCCAGAACAGUAAGGUGGUUCUAGUAUUUCUGUUUGACUCUUUGCAGAUGAGGCACUUCUGUUGUCUUCAAGAACUCCUGACCUUUGACACCCAUAGGGACCGUUUAUAAUCGAAUGUGAAGCAGCUAUAAUGAGAUUCAGAUAUUCCAAGUUCAGUCCCCCGCUCUCCUGUUGGGGGAAACUGUAGCUUGCUCCCCUCAGGUUGGGACUGAAUAGCUGCCCCAAGCCAAGGACUCCAAGUAUCUCAAGAUCUUUUUCAUUUAUGAGGGUAAAAUGGAGCGUGAGAUGGGCAGGAACCCGUGCAGCAUCAGCAGUAAUGUGGCCGUUGUGCCAGACUAUUGUGGUUGAAGAGGGAGCUGGGCUGGAAGGCAAAGCUUUGAUUUACCAGUUGAUGUACGUCCAACCCUCGGAGAAGGAGAAUGAGAUUAUGGAUAUAGGCCGCUGAAAUGAGUUUCCUCUGUAGGGUGGCUGGGCUCCACCUUAGAGAAAGGGUGAAGAGCUCAGACAUCUGGAGGGAGCUCAGGUUAGAGCCUCAGCUCACUCUUUUUGAAAAGAUUCAAUUUAUUUGGUGCCCAAAUCUGAUCAGGACGCCGCCUGGGUGCCUUACUUUGGAUUACUUUCUGGUUUGAAUUCUCUUUUUAGCAUUUUAAGGCUGUCACCUUCUGUGUGGAGCACUCACACUUUUAUUACAGAGACUUAUAAUGUAGUGUUUCUCUGUCUGCCUUGUUUAUGACUUUGCACUGAUUGUGAAAGAUUUUUUAAGUCAUUUUCUUUCUCUUUUGAAGUAACUUUUUCUAGUUUUUUGGAUUGUUUUUUUUCCCAAUGUUUCUGUACCUGUCUUGUUUCUGAAUGUGAAGCAAGUCUGUUCUGAUGGAAAUCUGUUGGUUGACAUACAAAUGAGUAGCAAGGACCUGAAAUGUUGGAAAACUUCCAGAGGUUUUUAACCACAUUUCUGAGACAGUUGAGUUUAGUUUUAGAUUAGAAGUAACAAUAACUGAUCACCUUUUCAAUUUUUUGUUCACUUGUUUUUCUUGAAGUUUCUUAGUUUGUGGUUCAUUUUAAGAUGUGAUCGGCUCAUCCCACCUUACUGUCUCAACACAAACGCAGGUUACUCUCCGUUAAUAUAAGCAGCACCUUCCCCUCCAAUGAUGUCCUCUUGGCUGUUGUCAUGGAAGCACCUCUGCAGCCUGAAGGCAAGCAGGGAGAGUGUGAGGAGAAGUUUCUGUCUUCAGGCUGUCAUAGAUACGGAUACUAUAGAGACUGAAUAUCAUCACCAAUGUCUGAGUUGGUUUAUCAGAGUUUCUGUUUUUGGCCCCUGGGUCAGCAGCCAGAACACCGCCUGUAAAUCCUCUAUUUCCUGUUUCCUCCAAUUUCCUGUUUGUCACCUCAUUCAUUUUCCCAUUGUUGUUUCAUUAUUAAUUUGUGUUUCAUGUUUUUCCCUAAAUAUACAAAGAUGGUUGAUUUGACAUGCCCAAAAGUGAAGCCAAAACUGGCUGCAGUUUACAGUAGGUAAAACUAUACCACCAAAAUACAAAGAACAUGUUUUUUUUUGUCCUCAUUGUUCAAUCUUAUUUAAACUUUCUAACUUGUCUUUUGACUGUUUUUAUUCAGAAGUAUUAUUAUAGUUUUACAAUGCAGGAAAAACAGCAAUCUACUAUAUCGAGGGCACAACAAAAUGAUUAAAAGCAAACAAUAAUUUUCAGAGGUGAUAUCUUCGUAAUAGAAGUUUUAGUCACAAGCCUACUGAUGUGAAUAAAAUCCUAAAUUUGAACAGCAUUAGACACGGAUGAUAGCAUGUGAGAUAAUUGUAUUUAUUAAUGGAGUUUAAUCAGUUAUGUGUUUCCCCACCUGUGUCUAAAUUUGUUGUCCUGAAUUUGAUAGAUUGUUUUGUUUUAUUUUUUAAGUUUCUAUAAUCAUUGCAAGGUGAUAGAUAGAUAGAUAGAUAGAUAGAUAGAUAGAUAGAUAGAUAGAUAGAUAGAUAGAUAGAUAGAUAGAUAGAUAGAUAGAUAGAUAGAUAGAUAGAUAGAAGAUAGUCUUUACUCAUGACAUAUGAAGGUUUAAUCCCACUUAACCCUCCUGUCUGCCACUUAAAUUGCCCUCAGCUGUGCCGAGGCCUCUGCCCCCCCUCUCUGUUGAGCCCGGCGGCUGUUUACCCCCUGAAGUUUACUCAGCUGUGCGUGGCGAGAGGGCGCACUGCACUCCGGAGCGAUCUCGCUGCUUUUCUGCCGUUGUGAAUGUGACGGGGCUCUCUGGCUGUCGGCGAGCGUGGGUUCUGCACACAGCUGGCACGAGCAGGCAGACAGGAGAUUUGUAGGCGACAGUGAUGAUUGCAGGGACAUGAAGGGAGACUGUAGAUCAGAGGAGGUUUUAACACCCCGUAUGGAUCUGCUGCAUAACGAGGUUCAGCUCAAGGGUUGAAGGAGGGAAAGACAUUUGAAAAUUAUGUCAAAGAAGAAAAUUUUCAAGUAAAGCAACCGCAAUCCUGAUUAGUUUGAUGUAAUUAUAUCAUUAGAAUAUGCUGAAUGAACUGCACCACUUCACUGGCUGAUAGUGAAUGUCUUAGUCCUCCAAGAGGCCAUUUACCAUCUCACUUUACUCUACUUUGGCUCAUUUGGGGGAGGGCAGGAAGGGGGGCAGCUGACUGUGAGAGCCUCUACAGCACAUUGACCAGCUCUGAUUGAAUAUGAACCGACGAAUCUAAGACAUUUAUGUCUCCCAUCCAAAUUCCCAAGACCAUUUCCAUUUUUCACUGAGAUGCUGCCUCACUAAGAGUAUCAUUUUUCAGCACUUAUUUAAUGCAGCCUUUAACAAAAAAAUCUCCUCCUCGCUUCAUUCAUUUCAGGCCAAGGCUGCAGGAAUUACAGAGAAUCUUUCCUCGGGGAGUUAUUUUUUCUCAGCAUGUGGUGUAUCCGCGGGUCCACUACUAUAAGAACUGAGGUUUGCAUUAAGGCAACAAUUAGUUGCUCUCAGAGACAGAUAGCGCCCCAGAGGCUCUACCGCCGUCCUCUAUCAGCUGCACUUGUUUUGGUAGGUUGUGAAUCUUUCUUUAAGGGUUUCUCUGUGAGUUUGGUUCUGGUUUGCCUCAUCCAUUCAUAUAAUAUCAAAACUACUCUCUCUGAAUAACAAAUAUUCUCCACUUUCCUACCACAUCAUCAUCAUUAAUCACAAACUUUAAAGCUCAAUCCUUUACUUCAAACAUAACAUCACUUUUUAGCAGAGGUGGGGGAAAGUCCUUAUGUUGCAAGUCCAAGUCGAGUCUCAAGUCUUUGCUCUCAAGUCUAGAGUCAAGUCCAAGUCAACACAGACAAGUCUCAAGUCAAGUCCAAGUCCUUACCGUUUCUUUCAAGUCAAAAACAGUCAUAUCAAAGCCAUCAACCAUUUGUUAUAUGUAAAGAUUUACAUAAAUCAUGAGCAUUUUUCACUUUUGGCAUUUAUUAUUAAACAAGGGUUCUUGUUUGUGUUAAGUUACAUAGUGCAGCUUUAACCAAACUAUUUUACGUGUCAUACAAAAAAUAAUCAGAUAAACUUCAAUAACUGGAAAUUUAGACAAUGUGCACAAAAAUAAGGAAGACUCAAAUACAAUUAAACAUUAAACUGAUACUCUAAUUCACUUCAGUUCCAAAACAAAACAAAAGAGAGAAACAAGGCAACACGUGGAAACAGGCGGGUAAUACUAGCGAGCGAUUUUUGUUCAGUCCUCCCAGUGUUGUCAUUAUGAGGGAGGCUAGAGUUUGAGACAGUGUGGCCAAGUUUUGUGAGAGAAAUAAGGAAACAGACCUCCAGAUACAAGCCAAAAACAAGAGAAUUUUUUUUGCGUGAAAUAAGCAGACUUGGCAACACAACACGGUGUUACCAACGGCUGUAAUUCCUGACUAUUAGUUGAUGUGACACUUUUUAAAUGGUUUGGGCUUGCUGUAAGGUUAUAAGUGACUUGAAAAGACUUGACUUGACUUUUCAAGUCACUGGGAUCAAGUCAAGUCUCAAGAUUUUAGCAAUCAAGUCCCAAGCAAGUCCAAGUCAUUCUUGAUUUCAUCAAGCAAGUCAAAAACGGGACUCAAGUCCAAGUCGAGUCUCAAGUCGAGUCGUCAAGCCCCCACCUCUGCUUUUUAGACACUGUCACUGUUUAUCACUAUUCAGACAAUCUCACUGUGUUUGAGAUAUUUCUAUCAAAAGUGUCACCAUGAAAUAUUGACCAGUGAUGUUAUAACAUUCACUUUUUUCUUGAUGCUUGAAACCAAAUUCAAUUGUUAAUAUGUCUGUACUUGAACUUAAGUGGGGUUUUGUUUGGAGGACUGUGACUGUAAUGGAGCAUUUUAAAAAUUUUAUUGCUACUUGCACUUUGGUGAAAUAUCUGAUUCUUCUUCUGCCACUGUGGAGGAUCAUAAUGUAUGAAGACAGGCUUUAAAUAAGUUCUCCAUCUGCUUGUGUUGCAUUCUUGUAUUAUUGCACUUGCCUGGUCUAACCUGUAUCUCUGUUUCACUCUGUCAUGCUGCAAAGGUCAACAUGAUCUUGAUUUUUAAAAAGAGGCAGCACUCUGAGACAUUUAUAACUUAUAUGAAUACACACUUCCAUUUUUUAUCAUGCGAUACGCUCUCUCCGCUCUCCGCGGGUCUCCUGAGGUGCUCCUCACCCGACGCUCCGACACUAUCGUCUCUGAAGGUGAUAGGUACUGAGAGCACGGACUCUAUCUGGGAAUAGGAUGAGAGAGGAUGAGAGAGGAGGAGGACUGUCUCUACUGGCCUGUGAAAUAUUCAUCAAGUGAAGCCAGGGUGGGUGGGGAAGUGCGGCAGGAGAUGAAGAGGAGUCCACGGGGGAAGGAACAUCACAGUUUAGGAGGCACAAGGGAGAAAGGUACAGACCAUGGAGGAAAAAAUGAAGGAGAGGGAAAUUUUUUAUUGUGUGGGAGCAAGAUACUUAAAAUCCUACCUCUGAAAGAUGAAAAAUCCCUACAGUGAAGGAGGUUUUAGGAUAUUUCAUCUUUAAAGCAGCAGGUAAUGCAACCAAAAAAAAGUGACAGAUAAAAGUUUCCUCGACAUAUUGAAUUUUAACUUUUAAACUAAUUUCCACUGGAAAUGUUUGGCUAACGGCUCCUAUCCCCACCUCUCUCCCUCUGUUUUUCAAUAACAUCAGGAGGAGUGGACGUCGGAAAUGAUUAGGCGAUCAUUACGCAGCACUGCCUCACAGCCUGCACCGCCUCAAGGUGUCACCCGGCAGUCAGUGCAGUGGACAUCAUGGUCUUGAUUUGCAUGAUCAAUCCUCGCUCAUUAUUCUGACUUUGACCUUCAGAAAAAAAAAAAAAAAAGAAAACACAACAGCGCUGGUACCUCUCAGUGUUGCAGAGUAGGGACAAAAAUUCAAAGCAUAUGAUAGAUGAUAAUAAACCGUGUCAAACAGGAAAUCCAAUAAAGAGAUCAAAAGCUAAAAAUAAGAAGUAUUGAUUUGCUGAUUUCUUUACUUCCCUGCUGCAGUUUUAGUCCAUUUUUAAGCCUUUAAUCUAACUCAUGAUAUUGACAUUUAGAUUUCAAUACCAUUGAUUUUGAGGGUUUUGUUCAAGGUUUGAAAAUAUAUGGACAGAUAUGCACAGGGCUCAAUAUGCCGAGAUACCAAUAAAUAAGCUGUUGGUGAUCAAUCAACUACACGCAGCAUCCAGGAGUCGAUCUGUUGCGUAUUCAGAGCCUUCAGGUGCCUACACAUGCACAAUCUCUCUCCUUAUCCACAACUGCUCUUCACGAUGUCUCUGAACCCUCGAGGUAGCAUAAUUUACCCAUUAUUUGUUGUAUGCAUGGUUUCUUUUGAAAUUGCAUCUGCAUAAAGCUGUACAUAAAAAUGAGGGGAAAAAACACCACUUCCUGCAACCUUUCAGUGUUGAAUUGAAUAAAAUUAUCAUAAUUUUGUUUCUGAUCUUGGCCAGCCUUGGACAUUCACGCCUGAUUUUACUAUUUUAUCCAAAUCUUUACAUUGAAAUCACACUCAGUGAUUUCUGGGUAACCAGCAGGCGCUCGAUUGGCUCGAGGGGACCAAACUUUUUUAGCUUUUUAUUUUCAAAUUCAGUUUAAUUUAAUUAUUUUUUUAUGUUUGUUUUUUUGUUUAGUCUAGUCGAGUUUAAUUAGUUUUAGUCUUUUUGCUUUUUUUUAUAGAUGGAUAUAGGAUACUCGUCAGGGUAAGGAUUAAGAGCUGGCUGAUGGGUCAAUUAGCACCGUGCUCGGUGUUCAUUGGUGCAUGAGCUCACACACUUUAUGCCACCUCUGCAUAGGUCAUUGUUACUCUGCUCAGCAACAGAUGGAUCCAUGCAGAAUGAGGGGCUCUAUUGAUGAAACAGCACAGCUAUACUGAAAGAGAGGGACUACUCAGGCAGGUAAAUGAUCAUCCUAAAGAAAGGAUUUUCUGAAACAGAAUAAAAAUGGUAAAGUUCUGAAAAAUGAUUUAUAUUCCUCAACCAUCUACCAUAAAAAAAGCAGCUUUAUUCAUGCGUGUCAAUCACAAUGUUAACACUGGACCAGUGAAUUAAAGGCUGUCUGGAUAUUGCAAAUGUUUCAGAAAAACAUCUCAAGUGCCUCUUUAACAGAAAACAGAAUAAUGCAGAGAGAAGGUUUUAACUUCUGCUGUUAGGACGUCGAGCCAGCGCUGAAUUCCUGCCAUUCCUCCUGAGACGGACCCUAUAUAAUGUGAGUCAGUCAAGGUCGAGCACCAAGGACAUUUCCUCUUUUAUUUCUGUUUUAGUCAGUUUUGUAAACAUGCUAUUCAGUUUUAGUUAUCUUUUGUCAAGCCUUCAGUUAAGGUCAGUGUUUUUGACGUUUUAGUUUUUGUCAUUUUCAUAGCUUUUGUUCAGUCAGGGACAUUCUCGUCACAGAUUUUAACCGUUUAUUGCUAAAUGUUAAUACAGUCAUGCCUGCAGCUGAAGUCUGCUAUAAAUUGCUCCUGGGGUUAGCCGAGCAUUGCCGUGCAAUGGCUUUCUGGGAAGAGCGCUGCAAAGUCCCCCACGGGGGUACAAACAUGCUUAUAGGUUGGAGAGAGGGAGGUGGAGGCUCGGUAGGUGGAGGCAGAGCUUUGCAGCGGAGUAUAUACAUUGCAUUUGAAGUAGCUAGGAUCAGUGAGAGGGAAGACGUGUUUUCAUUGCCUUGACGUGAGAAUGGGCUGUGAUUAUUUUGAGGGUGAUCAGAGACAGUAAUUCAAUCAGCGGCCUGUCAGCUGAUUACAGCAGCAGCAGCCUUUGACUUCUGUGUCCUGCAUGAACUAACGCUAAGCUUCAUUUGACAAUUAUAACCUUGGCUGACUCAGGCAGGGGUAGCUGAGGUAUGUGUGUGUAUACACACAGAUACUCCCUCUGUCUCUACUAUGAACUAUCAUGUGAGUAUCAUACUGUUUUAAACCUCUGCAUCUAUUUUUUAAUGAAGCCCUAAAUAAGGGUGACACAUGUAAAUCUUCCAAGCUUAAUUAUUUAAAGCCCUAAUGAGAAGUUUUCUUACCUUAAUUAAAUAGACUGAAUUUCAUAUUGAUGCCUUUUUGUGAUAUAUAAAAGCAAACAUGACCAUCAGCAAGAAGAUCAGUGGUUUUUAUAUCCUGGUUUUCAAUGACAAGAUGUUUGUGUGAGGAGGUAGGUGUCAGUCGAGCAACUGUCACAGCCUGUUUUCACAGUUUCCACUCAAAAUAUUCACAAUAAGUGAUAAAUCUAUCUGUCAGCAGGAGGAGAUUUUUUUAAAUGACCUCUUAAGCAUUUAAAGGAAAAGAUGAGCAAAGAUAUUUUGUCCACAGGGGGCGCAAAAAUUGACACAUAUUACCAUCCCUUCACAGGAGCUUUAAGGACUAACACAGAUGUUUGUCUGAGGCAUAGACUGUAUAUACAAUGGACAACUUGGUUCCGCCUUCCGCCAGUCUACGGAUUUGAAGCCAAAAAGCUCUCUGUAAUUCCAUGUUUUUUCGUCACUUCCUGAAACCAACAUUGCGCGGUAGCAUUGUACGCACUUCACCACCGCUUGGCUCAAACAGCUUAUCCCCCAGGUGAGCUACGCAAUCCUUGUACGCCCAUAGGCUGUAUCAAGUGUCAAUCAUAGAAAAAAUGAACCCCCUAAUAACUUUUUAAAAUGGAGCUGAACAGAAAAAGAGGACUUGAGCACAAACCAGUCUUACAAUAACUACAUGUCAACAUCGCAAGCAGGGGGGAGAAAAAUGUAUGUUCUGUGUAAUAAAUUUCUCAAGUUUUCAGCAGUCCCAUAAACUUUGCUGGCAGAGGCGGGAUUUAUGACCUAUACUGCAGCCCGUCACCAGAGUGUGCUGUUCUUGGAGUGGCUUUACCCAGCGAGGAAGCAGACGGGUCCAUUCUAUAUACAGUCUAUGGUCUGAGGCCACAAGUGAAGGCGCGGUUAACACAGCCCAACUAGUUGUUUUCAAAGCAGGUCCCAUCUUUGACAAGGUGGUGGCCAAUCUGAUUUCAAGGGGGAACCAAUGCCACCACUGUGGACACACCCCUGGAAAAUUCCUUAAUGUCACAAUGUUUGCUCACUUUAGACAGGUCAGUAUACUAAUGUGAUAUCAAAGCACUUCUAACUUACAGACUAGUUUGAGCUCUACUCUCCUGGUCUAAUCCAUAAACAAGAGCUGCAAACAGACUGCAGAAACCAAACAUGCUGGUCAAAUAUGGACACGCUGUAUUUUUGACCUGAUGAUGGAUUCAAAUUAUAAGUCAGAGGAGAAUAAACUACAGUUAGCAGGACAAUCAAACGAAAACAAGACUAAAAUUGAGGAAAUCGACCUAAUGAUGGUAACGAAAGAGAGGUCAGUGGUAAGUAAAGUGUUCAGCACUCUCACCGAUGAAAAAAGGAGGUUGAAGGGGAUUUAUGAAUCCUUCCUGCCUCUUCUCUCCCUAUAGAGCCUUGCAGUUCACUUCUACCUAUUCUUGUUUUCCUCUCGUCUUGACUUCUUAAUCUUGACAUCCAGUGAGUCAGGGGCUGACUCCCUGCUCAGGGCAUCAUCAUUACACACACACAUGCACACACACACACACACUGCUCUAUGCCUCUGGCUUUUUAUCCCCUGCCUAUAGUUUAUUCUCUCUUUGGACGGGCUCUCCGUUCCACGCACAGGCUGGUUAUUAACGUGGUGAGUCGGCUAUUCAAUCAGAACCAAACAGACGCUUUGGCUUUGAUGAUUUAAGCCCGUAGUUAUUUUAACCUUCUGUGCUGCACACAGAAGUGAUUAGACUCAAAGAUCACCCAUCACAAAGAGGGGAAGCUUUUAUCGGUCACCUUGAAAAUACUCUGGAGUUUAUGGCGGCUUUGUAGGGUUUGAUCUCCUCACAGUGGACUGAACAUGAUAGGGAGGAGCAGCCAUGAUAGCGGGAUGGCGGGACAGCGAACACUUAAAAAUGUUUAGUUUUGAUUGUUUUUUUUCUUAAUACAUGCAAAAUUACCAUCCUCUGUUGUCACUAGUGUUUGAUUAUCAUAAUUAAAUCUUAAUUGCAAAGCUACAGUGUCUCUGUGAGCAUGCUGGGGUAGCGUUUGGUUGAAACGCAGUCAUAUGAAAGAGCAGCCUCACAGAGCUGCUAGUUUGCUCAGACUAUAUUAACCCUUUUUAUGUCAAUUCCUAUUUUUUGUAUUCAUGUGUAAAGGCCUAGUAUAGUUUUUCCAGGUCAGCUGAAACCAUUGUCGAAUUAACCCUCACAAAGUACAAAACAUGUGAACGUGUUUGAGUGCUCGUCACUGUGAGCUGUUGCAUAUAAAUAGCAUUUCCCAAAGAGAGCUGUUCAAACGUACAGCAUGAUAACAGUCAGAGUGUGUGCACUUAAAUGAGACGGCUUUAAAGUCUUUGAAAAUAUUCUGAUAAAACAACAGAGCACUAAUGGAUUGAACUCAGCCCGCUGAGGCAUCUUUUAGCAGCUUUCAGGUUGCAAGAGUGAAGACCUCGCUAAAUGGAUCGGAAAGUGCAUGGAUUUGUAAUUUGAGGAUUCUUUGGGAACUUUAAAGUCGCUCUUAAAACAAACAUGCAUAAUUAUGUGCAUAAUGAUUAAUUACAGCAGAGCUCCGGUGAGUGCUUUUCAAUACAUGAAAAAUUGCGUGUGAGUGACAUUUUUAUUGAUCUCAGAGCUCAAAAAAAAAACCCUCAGGCUAAAAAUUCCGGGCUGAAAAAAAACGCACUUUGUUUUUGGAAGUGCAUUUAAAGUUCAUACUGUAUGUUUCAAUUAACAAGUGAGCAGAUGCUUCACUUCCACAUCCCUACUGGUCUUCUGUCCCUACACGUAUAUUUUUCACGUUCCAUAUGAUUUCUGCUGCUGAAAGCCUUUUUCAUACGUGCACAAUAAUUUAUUCAUCCAUCAUAAAAAGCCGAGCAAGCAGCCUCAGUAUGCAUACUGUGCAGACUUUGUGCAUUAUAAAUGUACUAAUGUUUUUUUAUGCUUAACUCCUCUGGUCCAAUAUCAACUAUUUAAGGCGAAAAAGAGAGCGAGUGUCACCUGACAUCACCUCACUUAUCUGUGCUAAUCAAGAUUCAUGUGGACAUCAUGUCACCUAUAAUAACAUAUAGAUUUAUAGUUUAUGUAAUGAUUGAUUUAUUUAUGAAGUGCUAUAAGAGUGGCCGCUGCUUGAUCUGACACAUUUGUGCUUUCAUGUGUGGAGGUGGGUGGAGCUUAAAGGACAGCUGGAUCAGUUUGUAUAGAUGUUAAAUAAGCCAGCUGGUGAUCAAUGCGUGUGAAUGGAUGUUCAGUGGAGGUAAACUGCAGCUGGUUCAUAAAAGUUUGAUGAAAGUUGAUGCUGUGUUGGUUUCUGGCGGCUCAGGUGACUCACAAUCAACUGAGCUGGUUUUAGAAAUACUAAUGAUCCCUGGAGGGUUUUAUUACCCCCUUAUUUCUCAGUCUGCUAAAUCAACUGUUUUUUGUUUCUUUUAUCGUAAGUUUCUCACUCGGAGCAAUGAUCUGAUGUCAUGGUUUUUCAUGUCACUGCUACACAGAUGAUACCCAGCUCUUCCUGUCAUUUCCACCAGAUGACACAAGUGUUUCAGCCUGAAUUUCAUCAUAACUCAGCGGUAUUUCUGAAUGGAUGAGGGAACACCAACUUUGAUUCAACCUUUUAAAGGGAUAUUCCGGUGUAAAAUUAAUGUAGGGUCAAACACACCGCAACACUGAGUUAGACACCCCCCUUCAUGGAAAUGCGAUCAGACCAAGACGCUGAGGCGGAAGAACUAUGAAGAACGUCUGCAGUGCAAAAUGAUUAAUAUGGUGAUUAUUACUUUAAGGAAAUGAUAAAGUAAUGAUCAUAAAUGUUCUUCCUUGAGCUGCGUCACCCCACCGCAGUCCAUAAUGGACUGGCCCGAGGCCGGAAUAUCCCUGCUGGAAGAGAGUAGGUGAGUUGUGUUUAGUCUCUUUGCUAAAGAAAUUAGGCAAAGUUAAAAAGAUGUUUGGUGGCUAGUGCUGUGGCUAGGACCCUAUAUGUACUGUUUAUGAUUCUGAUCAUUAUUUGUGACUAUAGAGUGGUGUUUUGGUUGAGGUUGGUUUAUGGCUCCUCAGACUGCUGUGUAUUGCUAUCCUGUGGUCGUGACUAAAGUUGGUAUUACUAGAGAAGCAAGCGGUUGGCAACAUUCAUCUCUCUAGGGGGUGUCUAACUCAGUGUUGCAGUGUGUUUAACCCUAAAUUAAUUUUACCCCGGAAUAUCCCUUUAAGAACUGAGCUUCAGGCCCUACCUGACAGAGCACACAACACAGCUCCCAGUACAGGCUUUUGUAAUGCAACUCCUUACUGGCAGCUCUCCCCGCAUGCACAGUCAAACCUCUGCAGAUGAUUCAGAUUGGAUCAGGCCAUCUGGUGUUUUAUUAACCACACUGUUGUUUAUUUCUCUUCACUGGCUUCCAUCAUAUAUAAAACCCACGUCUUGCCUAUAAAUUAAAAGACAACAGCUCUUGCCUACCUGCAGCCCGUCGUCUUAGUCCACAUUCCCUCCCACCCUCCCACCAUGCUCUGCCAAAGAAAGGCACCUAAAGCUCUCAUCACGCCUUCAGUUAUUAACCAUUAGAGGUAGACUGACUGGAACUAAAAUGUCCCUUUAUACUUCUGAGACACUUUUUGAUCAAGUGCUUUGUGAAAAACUCUGCACUUUGUAGUUUGGCACUCAUAGUAAUGGUGUUGUGUAUAUUGAUGAUUAUGAGGAUAGCCACCACCACCGAUUAAGGAUUUAUCCUACCCUGCAGUCUGCCCUAUCACCCCUUCAAGAUACAAAGAUGCCCUGAUGGAGUUACCUUCUUUUUCUUAAUCUUGUAAGAUUAAAUAUUGUUCACUACUAAUGAAUCCUCUACCGAUUGAUAUAUCUGUUCACCAACUAUGUGUCGUGGGAACAUUCAUGGUCCCUAAUGGAUUCAUCUUCAUGCUUUACUGGUCUCCUGAGUCCUCAUUUUGUGCCAACCAAGCAGCAGCUUCCAGUGCACAGGUGCAAAUUACUGCACAUCCUUAGGGGUCCCCUUGAGGCUGGCUGUAAAAGCUAAGGAAUCCCACGUUGAAAUGCUAAUUUUUACAGCAAAAUCAAAGAUGUUUACAGCCAGAUUCAAGAAACCAUCUGGGGUUUGUUGCUCAUUUAUUUUUUCACACUGUGCAGGUCAAUUGGGGGGAAAAUCAUUCUUUAGGAUAGUAUUCAAGUUAGGAGUUAUUCAUAUAUUUGCAUAAUUAUGGACUUGGAAGAGUUGACAAACAGGUGGGGAGUUGUAGCUCUUUGCCAGGAGGUUAAAAGCCUACCCCAGCUCCACUUCUUGAGUCAGCAUUCUCAAUAUAGUGCCUGCCGUAGCUAAGCUUUAAAACCAUCUCUUCAGAAACCAGUAUGUGAGAUCGGACAGUAUAUUUAAUCAGUUACCAGCACUGUCAGCCUCUCCUGACAGCGUCUACAGUGAGGAUGAGCAAUAGACCCGUUGGUUGAAUUGGUGGCAUUUUGAGAUGAUCAGCAUCGGCAGAUUCCAGCUCUCAGGAGGCCGUUUUAAAAAACAAACAAUGUCUGCAGACACUUCAGGCUGCCUCAUCAGUGUGGCUGCUGUCAAGUAAUGUUAAUAUCCUCUUCAAUGAUAACACGUUUUUUUUCUAUCCUAAAUGAAAGCAGAUCAAAUAUGAGACAGUUACUGGCUCAUAUUUAAUAAAAAAUGUGGUUACAAUGCACUUUAGUGUUGCUGCAGACGUACACAGUUUUAUAUAUCAGAUUUUGGCUCAACUGCUCUCUGAAAUAUCGACAUCUGCUGAUAUUAAUCAACAAUAUUAUUAUCGCUACAAAGUGAAUCUUAACUAAAUGUGAUUGUUUUUUCCAAUGCUCAUUCUACACUCCCACAGGAGCUGUUUUAUGGUCUGGACCAGAGCUUUGUCUGUAAUGUCAAUCGUAAACAAAAAGCGCCAAAAGCAUGACUUGAUUGGUUUGGUGGCGAAGGAGAAAAAGAAGGGGGUUCAGGUAGGGAUGAAAUGAGAAACUUUGGAAAGAAGCCAUAGUUUGGGGUUGGGAAAUUUCCAAAAGCUACUUUACGACCUGACAAACAGUCCAGAUGAACUUUUCAGGCUUUGCAAAUACGCCUGAAACAAACAUCUCCUUUUUAAGGACACAUUCGCCCUUGUUUGUUAGUUUGAGUCUAACUGUUUGGACAUAUAUUUUUUGGACUUGUCGUACCUUUUACUUGCCUUUCUUUAUAGCCCUGAAUGUUUUUCCCUCCUCAGAUUGAUGUUUGCUUUUACAACCAGCAGUUUCUUGAUAGAUGGCCGAAAUGCUUAAACUGCCUUUGGCAGGACCCAAACUCUUUCUCAACAAUUACUUGGUUGGUUUGUUCUUUCUAAUCAUAGAUAUGUCAUUCUGUGCCAUAACGCUGAACAAUAGCCUGCUCCGAGCGCUCGGCUACACUCCCCUUCUCCCUCUCCCUCUCCCUCUCUCCACCUCGCUCUUUCUCUGUCUCCUUUAAUUGCAUCUCUGCUCUCCUUCUCUUACUCUAUCUCCUUACAACUGCUAUGUGACUCAAACUCUUUGACCAAAAAGCUUCAUUUUGAGAUGUUUUUGUCUAGUUCCUGUUACGCACUCGCAGCUUCUAAACGUGGUUUGUGCUUCUGCUGAUAUCCCACACGGCUUCAAUCUUAACAUCUGGGCCUUGGCUCUUCUUAAAAAUUAAGGCCAGAAUCUUGCCAGCUGGGAUGCUUGGUCUCCAUGGUAACAUCAAGUCCAUUAUGACUGGCAUAAAGAGCAUGUUAGGGGACGUUAAAUCACCAGCCUGCUAGUUUCAGUCACCUCACUGUGUUGUGUAAGCCAAAAACCCUCGGGAAGACUUCCUUCCCCUCUCCUUGUUUCCCCCGUUUUAUCUUUCUGUCACACUUCUCCCUCCUCUCUUACUACCUCUCACAUUUUCACACGCAGUCUCACAGACGUCCUCGGAAACAGAAUCAAACACUGACCCCCAGUGGAAACACUCCGGUAAGAAACCUGCAGUUUUUGAAGCUGUGCGCAAAGAAAAUCUCCCUUGUGUGUCUUGCAGGUCUUCACUCGCUACGGGAAGUGUUACACCUUUAACGCCGGCGAUGAUGGACACCCGCCUCUCAUCACCACCAAGGGAGGUAUGGGUAAUGGCCUGGAGCUCAUGUUGGACAUUCAGCAGGAUGAAUACCUUCCUGUCUGGGGGGAAACAGGUGAGGGAGAGACAUCAGUCAUCUCUGAUUAUGUGUCACACUACAAACUUCAGUGUGUGUGUGUGUGCAGUUGUGUAGUGAGUUUGUGUAUGUGAAACCUCUUGUAGAGUCUGGAUUUAUAGGUGAAGCACAUAAUAACACAAUGCAGCAUUAAGCCUAUGUUAAUUUGACUUCUGCAGAUGAAACGUCAUUUGAAGCAGGGGUCAAAGUUCAGAUCCACAGUCAGGACGAGCCGUCCUUCAUUGACCAGCUGGGGUUUGGAGUGGCGCCCGGGUUUCAGACUUUCGUUUCCUGCCAAGAACAGAGGGUAAAAUCUUCAGGACUAUGAAAUCGUUAAAGACAUGAUGCUUUCAUUCAGCUUUUUUUUCCCCUUUAAAUUAAAACAAUUAAAUAAGCAACAACAGUAUAAUGAUGAUAAAUGAUUCUGGGUGUACAGCCAUCUUCAUCUCAUAGCCAUGGCCUAGAGCAGAGGUUCUCCAGUCCAGUCCUCGACCAGUCCUGUUUCCCUGCUCUACACACCUGAUUCAAAUGAUCAGCUCGUUAUCAAACUCUGGAAUGGCUUAAUAACGAGCUGAUCAUUUGAAUCAGGUGUGUUGGAGCAGGGAAACAUUCAAAACAUGCAGCCAAACAUCCAACAUGGAUUGAGAAUCACUGGCCUAGAGAGAGAGAAAGAGAGACGGACAGAGAGAGAGAGAGAUAGAGGGACAGAGAGAGAGAGAGUGAAAGGUAGAGAGAAAGAGAGAGAGAAGGACAAAGAGAGAGAUGGAGAGAGAGAGUGAAAGGUAGAGAGAAAGUGAGAGAGUGAAAGGUAGAGAGAAAGAGAGAGAGAGAGAGUAAAGACAGAGAAAGAGAGAGAGAGCGAGACGGACGGAGAGAAAGAUGGAAGGAGGGAGAGAGAGAGAGAUGAGAAGAGAGAGGGAGACGGACGGAGAGAGGGAGAAAGAGAGAUAGAUAGACUUACAGGGAGAGAGAGAGAGAAAGAUAAAGAGAGCGAGAGAGAGGGAGAUGGAUGGAGAGAGGGAGAAAGAGAGAGAGAAACGGACAGGGAGAGAGAGAGAGAGAGAGAGAGAGAGAGACAGUUGGAGAGAGAGUAAUAGAGAGACAGAGAGAGAGAGAGACAGACAAAGCGAGAGAGAGAGAGAGAGAGAGAGAUUGACACAGAGUGAGAGAGAGAGAGAGUUCAGUACAGUUACUUUUCUCACUUCACUAAGAAAUCAGCCCUUCUUUUUCUAAAUUCAUCAAUUUUCCAUAAGUGGCAGCCUCCUGGUUUCGGUUGUGUAAAUUCAAAGGACAUAGUACACUUGUUGCAGAGUCCAUGUGGAUUAUAUAAUACGGAUGUCAUCUAUCAUCUGUGGUUUUGCAGCUGAUUUACCUCCCCCCACCCUGGGGAGACUGUAAAGUGACGGCCAUGGAGUCUGACUUCUUUGACAGUUACAGCAUCACCGCCUGCCGCAUUGACUGCGAGACACGCUAUCUGGUGGACAACUGCAACUGUCGCAUGGUGCACAUGCCUGGUAGGAAACUGCUCCCACUGUGUUUUUGUUUCACAUUUACAUUCUGUACUACAAAAGAAGCUGCUGUGAAAAGUACACUGUGGGCAUUUUCAAAGAAGAAAAGUUCACUGAUGUGAGUGUGUGUCAUUAUUUCUGCUGCAGGAGAUGCACCGUACUGCACCCCUGAGCUGUAUAAAGAAUGUGCUGACCCAGCUCUGGGUAAGAAAAGGGCCUUGUGCACGUCUGGUCUGAAUAUUUAAGGAACUGAUACAAAAUACGCACACUUUCGAACACAAAUCAUCUCAUGACAUCUUAAAGCCACAGUCACACUGAUCUCGUGCGAAGGUCACACGCUGAACUCUGUGGUUUUUGUCCCGCUCUGCAGAUUUCCUGGUGGAAAGAGACAACGACUUCUGUGUGUGCGAGACGCCGUGCAACAUGACCAGAUACAGCAAAGAGCUUUCCUUCGUCAAAAUCCCCAGCAAGGCCUCGGCUAAAUACCUCGCAAAGAAAUAUAACAAAUCUGAACAGUACAUUAAGUAUGUAUCAGCCUAUAUAAGAUACUCAAGAUGUUAUUUAUCAAACCACAGCAACAAAAAUGCAUCUAUUUACAAUUAUAAAAGAAAAAUUAAAUCUUUCAAAUAAGAAGCAUUAGCAUUAGAACUACUGAUAAAUCAAAGCUUAUUCAAAACAAGAUAAAACUUUAGCACAGGUCCAUUUUUAACUGAAACAUUCAUCAAUAGUUUUAUUACUCAUCAAAGGUUAUGAGCAAAUAUAAGGAUGAUUUAGGGCGUCUCAAAUUAGAUUCUGCCGCAUUAGAGAGUUUAAUCAUAUUGAUUUUUCAUCUACUUAUUCAAACAUUCUUUAAUUGUCAGGGCUGGCAGGAGGCUGAUAAUAGUAUAUUGCUGAAAAUAUACCUAGAACGACAUUAAACUGAGUUAUAAUCCAUGUAGAACAUAAUAAUAUGAUGCUUCCUGAUGAUUAAUAUAACCUUGAAUACAUGUUUAUGUUCUCUCCUCUCUACAGGGAGAAUCUCUUAGUUUUAGACAUCUUUUUUGAGGCUCUCAACUAUGAAACUAUCGAGCAGAAAAAGGCUUAUGAGGUGGCCGGACUUCUCGGUAAAGACUCCCUAUGUUUGGUUUUUAAAUUGAGUUAUCGCUCUGGUCUCGAUUGUGAACAAUGGUUUUCAUAAGCGUCUGUUUUCUUACUUCAGGUGAUAUCGGUGGUCAGAUGGGGCUCUUUAUCGGUGCAAGCAUACUCACCAUUCUGGAGCUGUUUGAUUACCUUUAUGAGGUGAGGACAAUCCUGCUGCAUGUUGGUAUAGACCUGAGAGCUUCAGCUGAGUACACUUGGGAGUUUUAUAAUAUAUAUCUUGCAUACUUGCAAAAAUAUUCUAGCACUACAAUUCAACUGAAGCAUUAAAUAUUCAUCCAAGUACAAGAAAAGAGGGAGGAAGAAAUGAUCGGCCUAUGUAAACUAUAAAAGUGCCGAAUACACAGAGGACAGGCAGCAGCUGUUACUGUCAUUGUUGGUUAAACAGGUUAAACAGAAAGUUAACUUAUUAUGUGACAGCUAAUCUAAACAUCACAUUAUACUAAUUAUACUAGAUUAAAGUUAGGAUUAAAAUCACAGUUCAGGCUGACUCUCUUGCACCCUAACAGACAUGGGCAUUAUUGUGUUACUUCGACUAUUUUGCACAUGCAUGCAAACACCUUUUUAAAAGUGCUUAACUACUGCUGCAACUUGUACUUAGGAUGACAACUUCCAUUUCAAUUUUUUGAUAUAUAAACUUAGAAACUUAGUUUAUCAUUUAGACCAGGAUGCUCACAGAAAAUAUUUCGUCUAUUUAAAGCUCCUGUGUGGAACUUUUUGUAUGUGUCAUCUUUGGCGCCCCCUGUGGCCAAAGCAGUCUUUACUCAUCUUGUCCGUUCUUCUGGCUGACUUUUGACAGACACAUUUAUCGUUAAUUUUGAAUAUUUUAUAUGAAGAUUGUAAAGAUCAGGCUGUUUCUUCUGCUGCCUCUAACACUAGUUUGGGAUAUAAAUAGACAGGUUUCUGUGCAACGUCAUCGCAGGUGUGCAUGCGCAGCCAGGGGGCAGAAAGCAGGACAUUUCUUAGAGAAAUGGAGAAAGAAAAUGACAUGGAGCUGUUGUUUCUGUAAACUGCACAAAUCGGCAAAACAAACAAUCGUCAAACAUUACGACCCUGCUCCUGAUAUUAGAAACAUCUAAAACAACGUCACAACCUGGUAAAUUGAGUGAAAUUCAUGGAUAUUUCAGCAAGUGUUUUUCUGAUUUUGAUGCAAUGAAAGACAAAGCGAUUUGUAAUUGAGAUGACAUUUUAUUGCAAUUGUGUCAGGGAGAACUUGCAAACAAUACGGCAUCUUCAUUGAUAUCAGUUCACUCCGAAGCAGGCUUUUCCCCCCUGGUUGCGCACACACCAAGUACUGUUCGUACACAAGAAAUCCGCCCAUAUAGUCAGUCUUGUUGCUGAUGGUGUUCAAAUAACAUGAAAUGCAUCAAUAUGAAUUUCAGUCUGAUUCAUAAAACUCCUCAAAGCAGCUUUAAGUGAGUAAACACCCUUUCUUUAACAGACACCAUGCAUGCUUCCUCUUGUUUCCUAGGGUCAAAUCAGAUCAUAAAAAGAGGGCUUUUAUCUUAUUUCGCCUGUCUCUGUUUUUUCUUUCCUCUUAGGUGAUAAAGUACAAGUUGUGUCGCUGCUCUGACAGGCAGCAGCAGCAUGACAGCAGCAACGACCAGGGGACGGUCCUGAGCUUAGAUGACGUCAAGUGUCACGUCAGUAACUUUCACUGAGCCUGAGCAGCAGUGGGGAGGGAGAUGACACACCCUCUUGUCUUAAACACUUUUGCGGACUUUGUGUGCUGCAGGACUUUAAGACUUACAGAAGCAACAGAUGAAAAGCCCAAACUUUUCCUGUGGGUGAGUUUUUUGAACAACACGGUGAGUUCGGCACACGGCUGACGUCAGGACAGACCAUGCGGACAGUCAGCGGGAGAACAGGAGCCAAUGAUCAACGUUAGAUGUGAUUCAUUUUAAAGUGUCAGAAUAACUGCAUGGUCAUCUGUAAAACAGCGAAGAGACGUAGUAACAGAUACAGUAAACAAGGGCAUGAACUGAGACGGGGUUCAUAUGUUUUCAGUUAGUACAGCGGUGUGGUUUUGUUUAAAAUCUGUCAGUUUAAAUCGAGUUUUAAUCCAAAAUAUCUGUUUGAGUAAUUUUCUUUUUAACUAGGACAAUAUAUUAAAUAAUUUCAUGUACGAUUCAGAAACAUUUGCAUUAGAUUUCCGCACUUUUAUCUUUAAUUUGGACUCAUUUAAUACUGACUUUUUGUCUUUUUUCAAUCACAGUUCAAACAAACAUUAUAUGACCUGUCAAAACCUGAGCAUUUUACCAACCUACUGUACUACCUCAUCUUCGCAGGGUGAACAUGUCCUGUAGAUUAGACAAGCCUAGCUAAUUACCCACCGAAAAGGUCAUUUUCAUUUAAAGGCUGGGAAUAGUCUGACAUUAAAGAUAAUAUAACACAUCACAUUACAAAAAAGGGCAUGUGUAAAAAAAGAAAUAACUGAUAAUGGUGAGAGUUCUUUCUGCAGCAGCUCCUGUUUACGGCUCCUGGUAUUGUGAAUCACCGACAGGGGCAUUUAAACACAAUAGAGCUAAGUCACUCCUGGGUUAGUCCUGAUUUAACAAGUCACAGUGUCCCCCGUCCCUAGAUGGCCCAAUUAGGAGGCAGCUUCAAAAUAAUGGUGUAGGAGAACCACGAGCAAAAUGAACAAUAAGUGUGAAGCAUGACCCUGAAGUGUUCAUCGUACAGUAGUUGUAACAUAUGCAAGUGCCAUUCAGCAUUAGCUAAAAUUCGCCUCCAGAAGCUUCUUGUCACAUCAGGUAAGGCUGUAGCGAUAAAAUCCAAGCGUGUGUGUGUCUGUGUGUGUGUGUGUGGAGUUUGAUUUAGAGAGGUUGGACUUGACGACAUGAGCCAAAUAACUUUCUGGCAGUAAAUGUGUCACUAAUCCAAAACCUGACACUAAAAGGAGAAACCGCCAGAAGCCUGUGAGCUGAGCGUCGCACAAAGACUAUUCAUUUAGUCAGUACACAAACCAAAGUGUGAAAGUCUUUUUAGUAGUGACAACAAGACUCCAGGACACCCUGCCAAAAAAAAGGCCUGCUGCCUUCAAACGGAGAGUUUGGUGCUCUAGAUGCCUGAUUUUCUGGCUGUUUUGCUGUCGGAGAAGAUGCCAAAGGAUGUUACGAAAGGGAAGCGUAUUCAGAGAAACUGACAAGUUAUAAACAUUAGACAACAUUGGCUUGCUAAGAAUAAAUCCCCACCAGGUCUGCAGCUUCUGGAAAUUCUAGCAACUCCACCACAACUUGGAAAUCAGAGCUACUCGUCAGAAAGUCCAUCAAUAUGAAGUUAAACAUGACCCCAUGUAGAAGCACUAAGAAUCCCUCUUCAAGCCUUAAACAUGUUUCUUUUUUUUCGGUCUAAUUCAGGCUAGUUGGCUGCAGGAUGGAGAUUUGCACUGUAUAUAUCAGUUGAGUUGGAGUGUACCUAAUCUAACCUUACUCUCUAGACACACAUUAACAAAAAUCACUUCAGUAAUUGCAAAAAUGCUCUGAUAUCUACCAGGUGCUACAUGUUGUAUAGUUUGCCUUCAGAAUUCCCUUUUUAUGGCAAUGAUAAUGUCUGCAGCGUGGGAGUAUUACACUGUCUUCAAUAAAUAUCUGCUGGGUGUAGUUUGUAUCACAGGAAGGGACUAUGAGCAACAGUUUGGCUCAUGGCUAAUCUAAACAAACAGACCAGAAGCAGCUAAAUUGGCUUAACUGUUCUCUUAAAGGGUAGUGUCAAUAUUGGCUCAAAUUUUCACCGUUGGUGCAUUUCUCAUUUAUGUAAUUAUUGUUCAUCACAUCCAAGGCAAUUUACCUCUGGGAGUGUUACCAUGGUGAAAUAAGAUGACUGAAUAUAAAUAUGUUGAAUGUCUUUUUCCAUCUUCUAGGGCUCCGAGUUGCAUGUAGCACUUGUACAGUAAAUGUCUUGUGAUGAGCAGUUUUCCACACAUCAGUCUACAGUUUGUCUCAUCAUCUGUGUGUUCCGUUGAAUAGUGUCCGCAUGUAUUUAUAUGUAUUUGAUAAAAGAUGUAAAAAAAAAAAAAUGAAAAGAAGGAAAUCUCUAAAAGGCAGCCCUCAUACUCAGAACUGCUGUAUCUGUUCGAGGCUGUAAACAUGUCAUGUGCAUGUUUGAGGCUCGUCUCAUAAGCUGUUUCUAUUCUGACGAUCCAAACAAACUCAAACAACUUUCUGAUUGGUUAAUUUUCUUCUUCUCUCUAAUCCUCGACAGGAAGUUAGAGUUGUACAAACUGUAGUUGUGUUGUGUUGUUAUCAAGCACAAUCAUACCAUGAACUGUAAUGUAAUGUAAUGUAAAUACUGCAAUGACUGUUGUUAUUGUUUUAGAGUAGGCUGAUCCGUCUCUUGUUUUUCUUGUAUCUUUAUUUUAAAUAGAUUAGCUGUGUCUCGUUUCUAACUUUCUGUACAUAUGAAAAGAUGAUUUAUCAAAAACAAAUUUAAGACUGAGGCGGUUUCUUACUUGUGUGUAUAAUCAGAGCUUUUACUGUAUAUAUGAGUGGAUCUAUAAGAACAUGUGGGUUACUUACUUUUGGCUCGACUGCACAAGGUCUGGCAUCUCAAACGUUCUUCUUUCAGGUUUUUUUUCUUUUACUUCUGCCUUCAUUUUUAAAUAUUUGUUUAAGAUAUGGAAGGGUGUUAUUUCAGUCUGGUGAUUUAGGCCAAUACAUGUCGAACUUGAAGCAGUUGUUACAAUAAAGAUUUAAUGCUA